AUGAUCAUAGCCAUUUUCUCGGCUAACGUUAGUCAUGCUAGCUAGCUGAGUGAGCGAUGUGCAAUCAUCAUUUCUGGGCCUAUCCUGAUCAGUAGAUGGAUAACAGCUCGCCCGUGGAUAUCUGACAUUCUUCAAUUUCCAUUCCAUUAUUCAAUUUCUGGAUUCUAGACUUAAGGAGGAUUUCUGUGGCUUGAAUAAUGAGCUCAUUUUGGGUCGUGUUUAUUAUCUGGGGUGUAUUUUUUAGUCAGAUUCCGUUGCAAAGCGUUUGGUCUGUGACAAAACGUUUUGCAAUGGAAACCGUUUACUGUAGGAACCAAACGGGAAAAAAACAGCGCAAACUGAACGAAACGGAGAGGGACCUACCUGAAUUCGUCCAAUAGAAACUGUUCUCUGUUGCAAAACGUUUUCUGUUUGGAGUAAACGGUUUCCGUUGCAAAACGUUUUUUAACAGACCAAAUGUUGUGCAACGGUAUCCGACUAAUGAAUACACCCCAGGGGUAUAUUCAUUCAGCCGAUUCGGUUGCAAAACGUUUCUUAAACAAGCAGACGGACGAAAUGAUGAGGGAUGUACCUGAAUUUGUCCAAUAAAAACUCCUGUUUUGUUCUGUUUGCUUCUGUUUGGUUCUUAAACGGUAAACUGUUUUCGUAAUGAAUACACACCAAGCCUUUUGUGAACUAACACUUGCUCCUGACUUUUUUCUCUCUUACAUGCUCUGACUUUGCUGAUAGCUACGUUGAGGAAAAAUGUACUUACUGUGACUGUGAUAUGUGGUUGUCCCACCUAGCUAUCUUAAUAUGAAUGCACUAACUAUAGGUCACUCUGGAUAAGAACAUCUACUAAAAUUUAAAAUGUAGCAAUUCCUCAUAGUAGUAUGAUUAAGAUAUAACAACCAUAUGCUGAAAAUCAAAUGGGACAUAGUACUUAUCAUUAUCGCUUUAUGAUAUCAUAGAUGGGUUCUAUGUAUUGGUGGUGCAUUAUAGGCCUACAAUGGCUACUGUAUUGCACUAAACCCCCAUUGUAAAACAUCUAUUAAUUAGAUUGGCAAUUGGGUUGAUGGGAGAGUGACAUUAACCCUGUGUGUGUUUGUUUCAAUGGCUUCACUGCUCAGUCUAAACCUCAUUGCGAGGAGAAGGAGACGAGGAGAGGAAGCAACUGUAGACUAUUGAGACACAGCCUUUUACUCCACUCAGUGUGUCUAUAGAGCAAAUCAAAUCAAAUUUUAUUGGUCACAUGCGCCGAAUACAACCGGUGCAGACAUCACAGUGAAAUGCUUACUUACAGCCCUUAACCAACAGUGCAUUUAUUUUUAACAAAAAAGUAAAAAUAAAACAACAACAAAAAAAGUGUUGAGAAAAAAAAGAGCAGAAGUAAAAUAAAAUAACAGUAAGGAGGCUAUAUAUACAGGGGGGUACCGUUGCAGAGUCAAUGUGCGGGGGCACCGGCUAGUUGAGGUAAUAUGUACAUGUGGGUAGAGUUAAAGUGACUAUGCAUAAAUAAUUAACAGAGUAGCAGCAGCGUAAAAAGGAUGGGGUGGGGGGGCAGUGCAAAUAGUCCGGGUAGCCAUGAUUAGCUGUUCAGGAGUCUUAUGGCUUGGGGGUAGAAGCUGUUGAGAAGUCUUUUGGACCUAGACUUGGCACUCCGGUACCGCUUGCCGUGCGGUAGCAGAGAGAACAGUCUAUGACUAGGGUGGCUGGAGUCUUUUACAAUUUUGAGGGCCUUCCUCUGACACCGCCUGGUAUAGAGGUCCUGGAUGGCAGGAAGCUUGGCCCCAGUGAUGUACUGGGCCGUACGCACUACCCUCUGUAGUGCCUUGCGGUCGGAGGCCAAGCAGUUGCCAUACCAGGCGGUGAUACAACCAGUCAGGAUGCUCUCGAUGGUGCAGCUGUAGAAUUUUUUGAGGAUCUGAGGACCCAUGCCAAAUCUUUUCAGUCUCCUGAGGGGGAAUAGGCUUUGUCGUGCCCUCUUCACGACUGUCUUGGUGUGUUUGGACCAUGAUAGUUCGUUGGUGAUGUGGACACCAAGGAACUUGAAGCUCUCAACCUGUUCCACUACAGCCCCAUCGAUGAGAAUGGGGGCGUGCUCAGUCCUCUUUUUUUUCCUGUAGCCCACAAUCAUCUCCUUUGUCUUGGUCACGUUGAGGGAGAGGUUGUUGUCCUGGCACCACACGGCCAGGUCUCUGACCUCGUCCCUAUAGGCUGUCUCAUCGUUGUCGGUGAUCAGGCCUACCACUGUUGUGUCGUCGGCAAACUUAAUGAUGGUGUUGGAGUCGUGCCUGGCCAUGCAGUCAUGGGUGAACAGAGAGUACAGGAGGGGACUGAGCACGCACCCCUGAGGGGCCCCCAUGUUGAGGAUCAGUGUGGCAGAUGUGUUGUUACCUACCCUUACCACCUGGGUGCGGCCCAUCAGGAAGUCCAGGAUCCAGUUGCAGAGGGAGGUGUUUAGUCCCAGGAUCCUUAGCUUAGUGAUGAGCUUAGAGGGCACUAUGGUGUUGAAUGCUGGGCUGUAGUCAAUGAAUAGCAUUCUCACGUAGGUGUUCCUCUUGUCCAGGUGGGAAAGGGCAGUGUGGAGUGCAAUAGAGAUUGCAUCAUCUGUGGAUCUGUUGGGGCGGUAUGCAAAUUGGAGUGGGUCUAGGGUUUCUGGGAUAAUGCUGUUGAUGUGAGCCAUGACCAGCCUUUCAAAGCACUUCAUGGCUACAGAUGUCAGUGCUACGGGUCGGUAGUCAUUUAGGCAGGUUAUCUUAGAGUCCUUGGGCACGGGGACUAUGGUGGUCUGCUUGAAACAUGUUGGUAUUACAGACUCAGUCAGGGGACAUGUUGAAAAUGUCAGUGAAGACACUUGCCAGUUGGUCAGCACAUGCUCGGAGUACACGUCCUGGUAAUCCGUCUGGCCCUGCGGCCUUGUGAAUGUUGACCUGCUUAAAAGUCUUACUCACAUCGGCUACGGAGAGCGUGAUCACAUAGUCAUCCGGAACAGCUGGUGCUCUCAUGCAUGCUUCAGUGUUGCUUGCCUCGAAGCGAGCAUAGAAGUGGUUUAGCUCGUCUGGUAGGCUUGUGUCACUGGGCAGCUCACGGCUGUGCUUCCCUUUGUAGUCUGUAAUAGUUUUCAAGCCCUGCCACAUCCGACGAGCGUCAGAGCCAGUGUAGUACGAUUCAAUCUUAGUCCUGUAUUGACUCUUUGCCUGUUUGAUGGUUCGUCGGAGGGCAUAGCGGGAUUUCUUAUAAGCGUCCGGGUUAGAGUCCCGUUCCUUGAAAGCGGCAGCUCUACCCUUUAGCUCAGUGCGGAUGUUUACUGUAAUCCAUGGCUUCUGGUUGGGGUAUGUACGUACGGUCACUGUGGGGACGACAUCAUCGAUGCACUUAUUGAUGAAGCCAGUGACUGAUGUGGUGUACUCCUCAAUGCUGUCUGAAGAAUCCCGGAACAUGUUCCAGUCUGUGCUAGCAAAACAGUCCUGUAGCUUAGCAUCUGCGUCAUCUGACCCCUUUUUUAUUAACCGAGUCACUGGUGCUUCCUGCUUUAGUUUUUGCUUAUAAGCAGGAAUCAGGAGGAUAGAGUUAUGGUCAGAUUUGCCAAAUGGAGGGCGAGGGAGAGCUUUGUAUGCGUCUCUGUGUGUGGAGUAAAGGUGGUCUAGAGUUUUUUUCCCUCUGGUUGCACAUUUAACAUGCUGGUAGAAAUUAGGUAGAACGGAUUUAAGUUUCCCUGCAUUAAAGUCCCCGGCCACUAGGAGCGCUGCAUCUGGAUGAGCGUUUUCCUGUUGAUUUAUGGCCUUGUACAACUCAUUCAGUGCAAUCUUAAUGCCAGCAUUGGUUUGUGGUGGUAAAUAGACAGCUAUGAAAAAUAUAGAUGAAAACUCUCUUGGUAAAUAGUGUGGUCUACAGCUUAUCAUAAGAUACUCUACCUCAGGCGAGCAAAACCUCGAGAUUUCCUUAGUAUUUGAUUUUGUGCACCAGCUGUUGUUUACAAAUAUACACAGACCGCCACCCCUUGUCUUACCGGAGUCAGCCGUUCUAUCCUGCCGAUGUAGCGUAUAGCCCGCUAGCUGUAUGUUAUCAAUGUCGUCGUUCAGCCACGACUCGGUGAAACAUAAGAUAUUACAGUUUUUAAUGUCCCGUUGGUAGGAUAACCGUAGUCUUAAAUCAUCCAAUUUAUUUUCAAAUGAUUGAACGUUGGCUAAUAGGAUUGAUGGAAGAGGCAGUUUACUCGCUCGCCGUCGGAUCCUUACAAGGCACCCCGAUCUACGUCCACGAUAUCUCCGUCUCUUCCUCACGCGAAUGACGGGGAUUUGGGCCUUGUCGGGUGUCUGUAUGAUAUCCUUCGCGGCCACCUCGUUGAAGAAAAAAAUCUUCGUCCAAUACGAGGUGAGUAAUCGCUGUCCUGAUAUCCAGAAGCUCUUUUUGGUUAUAAGAGACGAUGGCAGAAACAUUAUGUACAAAAUAAAUUACAAAUAACGCGGAAAAACACACAUAAUAGUACAAUUGGUUAGAGGGCUGUAAAACGGCAGCCAUCUUCUCCGGCGCUGUUAGCUCACAUGGGAAGUGCUGUAUCCUCAUUAUGACUGCAGUUAGUUCCUCUGUGCAGAUGGAUCCAGUCUUCCUGCUCUGAGGGAGACAUGAUAGACAGUCCCACUCUACAGUCUACAACCACAUCCAAUUUUAACCACUAGGCCCCUCAAACUCAACUCUGGACCUCGAAGCCAGUUCCACUGCAUUUUUUCAUUGUUCCCCUCUAAUCAGGGACUGAUUUAGACAUGGGACACCACCAGGUGGGUGAAAUUAAUUAUCAGGUAGAACAGAAAACCAGCAGGCUCCGGACCUCAUAGGGUAAGAGUUGAAUACCCCUGCACUAGGCUAAACCCUAACCUUAAUCCAUUAACCAAACCUUUACCCAAACACUUCCCCGUAACCUAAACCACUUGUCUACCCAAAACCUAACCUUUCCCACACCCUACCCCCUAUUUCUUUUGAGUUGUAGAAACUUCCUGGUGAGAUUGAUUAAAAUGUUAAUUUUUGCUUCCUUCAGCUGUUUGUCUGUCCUAGGUGUUUUGGCUCUCUCUAGUAGAAGUUGCACGUAGGCACAGAUCUAGGAUCAGCUUACCUUCCCUAAAGCUUUCCCCAACUCAAAGCUGACAUUAGAUCAGUGUCUAGUGUCAUCCUUUGUGGCUGGAUUAUUAUGGGUUAUUAUUAUGGGGUGUCAUUGCAGUGUUUUGACCCCCCAACUAAGAGUGCUUGGAAACCAGCAGAGCUGUGCCCUGUUAUCACUGCAGGCAACCAAGCUCUGAUUGACAGCUGAGCUCAGGUUGAGUCGUGUGUGUGUGUGUCUUUGUGUGUGCGUCUGUGUGUGUGUGGAUGCAUGCACAUUGGAGCUGGAGAAGACUCAAGCCCUCUCACUCUACAGUCAGCACUGCAAUCAUCUCUGUAAUACGCAGCGAUACUAGCAUCAACACUACGGGAACAGAGAUAGACUACUUCAAGCGAAGUGAAACAAGGAACUGUGUGUACAAUUUCGAAGUCCUCACCUGAGUUCAUAAUAUACUCUGAGUAUACAAAACAUUAGGAACACAUUCCUAAUAUUGAGUUGCACUCCCGUCAGGGAAUGUACUCUACAAGGUGUCGAAAGCGUUCCACAGGGAUGCUGUCCCAUGUUGACUCCAAUGCUUCCCACAGUUCUGUCAAGUUGGCUGAAUGUGCGUUGCAGUUCUUGACACAAACUGGUGCGCAUGGCACCUACUACCAUACCCCGUUCAAAGGCAAUUAAAUAUUUUGUGUUGCCCAUUCACCCUCUGAUAGGCACACAUACACAAUCCAUGUCUCAAUUGUCUCAAGGCAUAAAAAUGCAUAUUUAACCUACAGUGGGGAAAAAAAGUAUUUAGUCAGCCACCAAUUGUGCAAGUUCUCCCACUUAAAAAGAUGAGAGAGGCCUGUAAUUUUCAUCAUAGGUACAUGUCAACUAUGACAGACAAAUUGAGAAAAAAAAAUCCAGAAAAUCACAUUGUAGGAUUUUUAAUGAAUUUAUUUGCAAAUGAUGGUGGAAAAUAAGUAUUUGGUCACCUACAAACAAGCAAGAUUUCUGGCUCUCACAGACCUGUAACUUCUUCUUUAAGAGGCUCCUCUGUCCUCCACUCGUUACCUGUAUUAAUGGCACCUGUUUGAACUUGUUAUCAGUAUAAAAGACACCUGUCCACAACCUCAAACAGUCACACUCCAAACUCCACUAUGGCCAAGACCAAAGAGCUGUCAAAGGACACCAGAAACCAAAUUGUAGACCUGCACCAGGCUGGGAAGACUGAAUCUGCAAUAGGUAAGCAGCUUGGUUUGAAUAAAUCAUCUGUGGGAGCAAUUAUUAGGAAAUGGAAGACACGCAAGAUCUCACCCCGUGGGGUCAAAAUGAUCACAAGAAUGGUGAACAAAAAUCCCAGAACCACACGGGGGGACCUAGUGAAUGACCUGCAGAGAGCUGGGACCAAAUUAACAAAGCCUACCAUCAGUAACACACUACGCCGCCAGGGACUCAAAUCCUGCAGUGCCAGACGUGUCCCCCUGCUUAAGCCAGUACAUGUCCAGGCCCAUCUGAAGUUUGCUAGAGUGCAUUUGGAUGAUCCAGAAGAGGAUUGGGAGAAUGUCAUAUGGUCAGAUGAAACCAAAAUAGAACUUUUUGGUAAAAACUCAACUGGUCGUGUUUGGAGGACAAAGAAUGCUGAGUUGCAUCCAAAGAACACCAUACCUACUGUGAAGCAUGGGGUGGAAACAUCAUGCUUUGGGGCUGUUUUUCUGCAAAGGGACCAGGACGACUGAUCCGUGUAAAGGAAAGAAUGAAUGGGGCCAUGUAUCGUGAGAUUUUGAGUGAAAACCUCCUUCCAUCAGCAAGGGCAUUGAAGAUGAAAUGUGGCUGGGUCUUUCAGCAUGACAAUGAUCCCAAACACACCACCCGGGCAACAAAGGAGUGGCUUCGUAAGAAGCAUUUCAAGGUCCUGGAGUGGCCUAGCCAGUCUCCAGAUCUCAACCCCAUAGAAAAUCUUUGGAGGGAGUUGAAAGUCCGUGUUGCCCAGCGACAGCCCCAAAACAUCACUGCUCUAGAGGAGAUCUGCAUGGAGGAAUGGGCCAAAAUACCAGCAACAGUGUGUGAAAACCUUGUGAAGACUUACAGAAAACGUUUGACCUGUGCCAUUGCCAACAAAGGGUAUAUAACAAAGCAUUGAGAAACUUUUGUUAUUGACCAAAUACAUAUUUUCCACCAUAAUUUGCAAAUAAAUUCAUUAAAAAUCCUACAAUGUGAUUUUCUGGAAUUUUUUCUCUCAUUUUGUCUGUCAUAGUUGACGUGUACCUAUGAUGAAAAUUACAGGCCUCUCUCAUCUUUUUAAGUGGGAGAACUUGCACAAUUGGUGGCUGACUAAAUACUUUUUUUCUCCUCCCCUUCAUCUACACUGAUUUGAAGUGGAUUUAACAAGUGACAUCAAUAAGGAAUCAUAUUUUUUUUAAACCAGGAAUUCACCUGGUCAGUCUAUGUAAUGGAAAGAGCAGUUGUUCUUAAUGUUUUGUAUACUCAGUGUACAGUAGGCCUACUUAAGCCUUCUCACUACAGGUCUAGAGAUGGACAUCCCUGCUGCAGACUAAAUAGACCAAGGCUGUAGUUUGUGAUGUGUUAGUUGGAGUGUUACAUUGUUAGGCCCCUCCCCUUUGUUUUCCCUCUCACUUCCUCCCUGUAGAACACCUCCUAGCUAUGUUCCAACAUGUACAGGUUCAGCACCUGCCUGCUUAGUAGUGCCUAGCCAUCGGGUAUGUUUUUAUCCUUACUCUCCCCCUCUCGGUCUGUCAUGUCUUCUCUCUGUUUGUCUCAUCCUGUCUCAUUCUUCUUCUCUCGCUCAUUUCUGACUCUGUCUCACUCUCUCUAUCUCUGUCACUCUGUCAUUAUCUCUCUCUCUCUUGUUUCAGACGUUGUGAGCUCAGCACACCCACUUACCUUUACACUGAGCUAUAGGAGCAAAACUACAACCAGGACUAUGAGUUGUCUCUCACUACAUAGCUAACCCUACCCAUGGCUAUGACUAUAUAAUAUGAUUAUAACAUGACAGGGUGACUAUAACAUGAUUAUAACAUGACAGGGUGACUAUAUUAUGAUUAUAACAUGACAGGGUGACUAUAACAUGAUUAUAACAUGACAGGGUGACUAUAAUAUGAUUAUAACAUGACAGGGUGACUAUAAUAUGAUUAUAACAUGACAGGGUGACUAUAAUAUGAUUAUCAAAAGUGACAUAUAAUUCACCUUUACCGUAUUUAGCCUAUAACACAACUAUAACAUGGUAAUAACAUUAUACUAACAUGAUGAUAGCAUAACAACAUAACUAUAAGGAACUGCAUCUCGCUCUCUCUCUUCUCCCAGCAUGAGAGACUGAACCAGAGCUCAAAUUCUCCCCAAGCCCACAAUAAUGAACAAUCACACCAGAGAAGUUAGUGAAAGAAAGUGGGACGACCUCCUUUUGGUGAGAGAAAGAAGGUCUGUGUGUGUCGUGUGUGUGCGAUGCCAAUUUAGAAGACUGCAGAAUUCACACUAACUACCACAAACGAAAAACUUGAAUGAUGCUACACAAAAUGGAAUUUAUUGAUUGGUUGCUUAAAUGAUUGAUAUAGAUUAAUGAACAGAGGAAUUUAAAUACAUUGACACCUGCUGGCAUGGUAAUAGCCUGAGGAUCUAAAUCUGCUUCUGUUUCUCUCUGCUUAAUCAGACUGUACACACCCAAUAUCACACUUUAUCAGCUGACCUGCUUCCUUAUCUUGUUCAUGGGUGGUGACGCAAUAGCGUGUGUGUGUUAAUGUCUGUAAGGGAGGUCAGUACAGCUGCAGUGGGCCACACAGGAAUGUGCAGUGCAGGUAUGAGGCAGACAUCAGUUAUACCAUGGGAACAGACUAGCGCCACACACACACACAGUCCUUGUUCUGUGAAAGUGUAGGCUGUGUGUGUGUUCUUUGAUAUCAACAUUGUGAUAAACACAGGAAACAUCUCUCUUUAUUACUUUGACAUUUUCUCUCUCGCUCUCCUUUCACUCUCUCCUUUUUCUCUCCCUCUCUCGCUGCCUCAGAGGGUAGGGCUGACAACCAAUAUCAAACAUCCCUCUUAGUGUGUGUGCUUGCUUGCGAGCAUUAGUGUGAUUUAAGUGUUUGUGUGUGUCUGUUAAAGGCGGCAGGUAGCCUAGCGGUUAAGAGCAUUGGGCCAGUAAACAAAAGGUUGCUGGUUCGAAUCCCCAAGCUGACUAGGUAAAAAAUCUGUUGAUUUGUCCUUGAGCAAGGCACUUAACCAUAAUUGCUCCUGUAAGUCUGGAUAAGAGUGUCUACUAAAAUACUAAAAUGUAAGUGUUAAAUAUAACCGUGUGCAACUAAAGGCUGUAAUCCCAGGGAAUGGUUAGAUUAGAGGAUAGGUCGGUGUAUAAUAUAAUUCACUUUCACCUAAACUCACCUAACACUUUCACCUAAACUCACCUAACACUUUCACCUAAACUCACCUAACACUUUCACCUAAACUCACCUAACACUUUCACCUAAACUCACCUAACACUUUCACCUAAACUCAGAACACACACACUCUAAAUCACACUCUAAUGCUGUUAGUCAGGACAGUCCGGUACACAGUACAUACACUAGUGCUCUCUCUCUUCUCCAUGUUCAUCUCUUUCCUCUCCCUCUCUAUCAGACUUUCUCUUUCCAGAGCUGUGUGUGUGUGUGUAGAGGAGCAGUGACUUUGGGGUGAACUCCCCUGUGCUAACACAUGUCUGAGUGUCAGAUCGAUUUACCCCAAACCUCGCCCCAUACACACACAUGGUGUGUGCUGGCCACAGCACUCCACUGUCUGAACUCAGGCGUCAUCUCUUAAUCCACAUUGUAUGCAGGUUUCCUGUUUAUACUGGAUUCAAUUCAUUCAACACACUAGCUUAAAAAACACCCCUCUGAUUGUUCCAUACACUAAGUUUUGUCUAGAAUUGUGUCUUGCUUCACCAAACAUUGUAUUUGUCAGACUCAGUCAUGCUAAUGAAGCUUGAUUGAAAUGUUUUUAAUUGAAUAGCGAAAGACUCCAGAUUGAUUGGUUGGUUGCAUGGAGACAGAGAGAACUAUUGCAUGGAGACUGCUCCUAUUUUAAAGUGACACCAGAACAAGAGAGAGGUAAAGUAGGACAAGUCUUCAUGGACCAUUAUGCUCUUUCUUUGUCUCUAGGCCACUGGUGAGAUUUAAAGUGCUGUCUCACUCUCUUUCUCUCUGUUCUUUAUCCUUCUAUCUAUCGUGAUCAAUAGCAUUGGUAUGCUGAAUUGAGAGGGGUUCAGUGUGUGUGACUGUGUGUAUGUGACUGUGUGUAUGUGACUGGUGUAUGUGGGUGAGUCGCAGUGAUGAGUAGCCCUGCAGAGAAGUCGAGGGGGAACGAGGCCUAUAAAACGUGUGUGUUCGUUUGCAGGUUCGCUCGUCCGUAAUGUGCUGUCUAUAGCCCCAGUAAAGAGAGAGUGAGUAACAGAGAAAAGCUGUGUGUACCAGACGGACGGUGACACCAUCCUGAAUCAUACCGACUGUUUAGAAGGUCAGAGGUAGAGCGAGUUCUAGGGUGUUUUAGAGGGGAGUGGGCUACCGUUCUGACUUCUGACUGUGCUCUUAGUUCUGCUUUGUCAUUUCCUUUAUGACUGUUCCUGUUCCUGUGUGUGUGUAGGCCUAUGUCUAUGUUAGGCUGUCAGUAAAUGGAUGACGUAGCACUAGGUUGGCCUCGCGCUCUUCACUUCACUUCAAGUGUGUGUUUGGGGAGAGUGUGUAUCUCAAUAGAUUAGCCCACUUCUGAUCCUGACAAACCUCUUGGUUUCUCUCUCUGGGACCUGAGACACCUCCACACCACGUGUGUGCGUUUGUUUGUGUGUGCGUCAGUGCAUGUUUGUGUGGGCUAUCUGUUGUUUUUAUCUUCAUACUAUUAGAACUGUGGUGUUAUGCAGUUAGAUAACUGUGACUCUAGCUGGUACUCCAAGGAUGUACUGUAUGUUAAGGUUUAGUCUUUUCAUUAUAGCGUCUGUCUGUCGUAGGGAGAAAUUCCAUGAAUGGAGUCUGGGGAAAGAAAUAAAAAUGUGUGUGUGUUAACACACUGCGAUUCACUGCUCCCUUCAUGUAUCCCAUCACCCAACACUCAGCGGUGAGGACACAGCGUCCACAGGAAGUGUGUGUCAGAGAGAGCAUGUGUUCAGACACACACACACACACACAGGGAAUGAUGUGCUAGUGAUUCGUCAGCCCAGAGGGUUGUUGAUGUUCACAGCACGUGUGUUUAGUGGCGUCUUGGUUAGCUAGCUAGCACAUUAGCAUGUUAGCUAUCUUCCACAGGUCAGAAGGGCUCUUACUGGCACUAGUUAAUGGAUUGAUUCAUGUUAGGCCAGGUGUUCACUCACCUGGGGUGAAGCCUAUUCAGCAGUGCAACAUGUUGCUAAACAUUUAGCAAUAGAAAACGUUUUAAAACAAAAACUUGAGUUUAUGUUGUUCCUAAUGAAUACACUGCUGGUGUUCCAGGUCUGAACCAGUCCCUGAAAUACUGUAUCUUGUCCAGGCCUGGAGUUUAUUAGCUUGGUAAAGACACAGAACUGAUUACCUACUGUAUACCUGAUAGUGAUCUUUCUUUCCCCAGACGGUUCCCUCCAAAAAGAACCCAAAGGGGACUUGUCAAGUCAGCUACCAGGUAGGAUGACACACACACACCAGCGUUCUGUGUUCCUGUGAUCUACCCUCCCUUCCCUUUUCUCUCGUUUUGUUUCACUGUUCCGUCUGGCACACUGUUCCAUUGAUGUCUGUCUUUCACAGCGAUGUGUGUGGGUUUAGUGUGUUUUGACUGGGAGUGUCUCCCCUGAAGUGUCCCCCUCCCCCUCAUCUCACCAGUCCUGUCUAAAAUGUAUUUGUUUUACUUCCUUGUUUGUAGGCAGGGUUAUAGGUUGGGCCUAUUGUUCUGUAUCAUUCACCAGUGAUGUCACUGCUCUGCCCUGUAAAGUGUUAAAAUGUGUGAUGUCAUCUAAGAUAUGAGAGUUAAAACCAGUCCAUCUGGUGGCCUGCUCUCUCUCCCACUAGUCACACUGGGAGAUGGUGAGAGGGAGGGAUGGAAGGACAGAGGGUGGAGAGUGAUGGAGGAAGGGGGACCCUGGUCCCAUAUGGCUCAGUUGGUAGAGCAUGGCGCUUGCAACGCCAGGGUUGUGGGUUCGAUUCCCACGGGGGACCAGUACUAGGAAAAAAGUAUGCAGUGUAUUCAGUCACUAAUGGAAGUUGCUCUGGAUAAGAGCGUCUGCUAAAUGACAAACAUUUAAAAUGUAAAUGUAAUAUUUUUGGUCCCUGACAGAUGUUUGUUUAGGAAGAGGUUGUUAGGGAUGGCUUACUCUCUCUCUCUCUCUCUCUCUCUCUCGCUCUCAUUUCAAGGGGCUUUAUCGGCAUGGGAAACAUAUGUUUACAUUGCCAAAGCAAGUGAAAUGGAUCAACAAAAGUGAAUUAAACAAUAAAUGAACAGUAAAUAUUACACUCACAAAAGUUCCAAAAUAAUAGACAUUUCAAAUGUCAUAUUAUGUCUAUAUACAGUGUUGUAACGAUGUGAAAAGAGUUAAAGUUCAAAAGGGAAAAUAAAUAAACAUAAAUAUGGGUUGUAUUUACAAUGGUGUUUGUUCUUCACUGGUUGCCCUAUUCUUGUGGCCACAGGUCACAAAUCUUGCUGCUGUGAUUGCCCUCUGUGGUUUUUCACCCAAUAGAUAUGGGAGUUUAUCAAAAUCCUGCUCUCGCUCUCCCUCCAGGUCAUUGAGGGUAACCCUGGCCUGUGUCUCAGUCAGUUACUCUACCCUGUUAUUAGAGGUCUGGGUGGAUGGAGAGAACGACAUUGUGAUAUUCAGCUGGCACACAGACAUUUCUGGGGAAAACAGGAUGAUCAGAGGGAAAGAGAAGGAAUAGGGGAGAAAAGAGUUAGAAUAAGUAAAUAGGCAAAGGAGAGAGCGAGGGACUAGCAGAGAAAAGAUACAGAGAGGUGGAAAGACAGAUUUGAAAUCUAUUAUCAAUGCUGGUCACUAGCUACAGAAAUCUAUUAUCAAUACUGAUCACUAGCUACAUAAAUCUAUUAUCAAUGCUGGUCACUAGCUACAGGGCUAUUUUUGAAAGUGUGUGUGUGUGUGCCAGCUGUACCCACAGUGAGGGCAUUGUUAGAGUGCCAUAGCUGUGGCUGAUCAGCCAAUAAGAUCGCCCACUCAGUCUCCGGAGCCAAUAGGAUCACCCCGUCUGUUUUAGCGACCAAUCAAAUCUCUGUAGGGCAACAAAACGGAGAUAGGGAGAGAGAGAAAUAAAGGGAGUGUGAGAGUGCAUUGUGUCUAGUAAAUAAUUACUAGCAACAAUCUGGUUGAUGAACGGUGGAGGGAGGGAGAAAUGAGUUCUUAUGCCCUGAGGAAACGGAACAUUAAGAGGGAGAAAGAGACCACGAGGGAGAGGGGGAAGGACAAUAGUGAGACAGACAGUAGUGAUGCGAGGGUUGACUCAUAACGGGGUUAUAGCUGCGGGGCGGGAGGGUUUAGGGUCAUUAAAUAUUGUGUGGAUGAAGGGCUAGUUUAAUAAAGAGAACAAUACCUUAAAAAAUCCAUCAUUGGAUCAUUCUUGUCAUUUUAUAUCUAUAGGCUAAAUUUAGGUUUUUCUUUCAUUAUCCUAAGUUGAAUGCACCAAUUUGUAAGUCGCUCUGGAUAAGAGCGUCUGCUAAAUGACUUAAAUGUAAAAAUAUAUAUAUAUGUAUAUUUUAGGCUUUCUGGGAUUAGUGCGUAAGCCUAAACUUUAGGGCCUAAUGGUAUGGGUGCCAAUAGCCUACAGGCCAAUCACCAAAUCAGGGCUGGCGUUAUGGGCGGGCCUUAGGGGGCCUUGCCCGCCCUACCGUACCUCCUUGCCCGCCAACAGAGAGAUGCAUACAUUUCAGGUAAAGCAUCCGAGCAAGCAAAACAGCACCCCUCUGUCUCAGAAUGUGUAGACCAUGUAUCUGAUGCUGUAGGGACCAAAAUAGUAUGGCAUGUCAUACUAUUUCUGUCCAGACAGCAUCAGAUACAUGGUCUACUUUUUCAGCCCAUUCCAGACCCGGCGGCAGAACGAAUCAGUUGGACAGGCCUUUGAUUUCCAUAGGGGGGCACGUUUUUUCACGGGACCUCCUGUGUGUGCACACGCUUGCUCAUUCACCAUUUUUUAAAUGGCUGUAAUAGUAAAGACCAUAGAGUACCACAGUAUGAGUCAUAAUACCCAUAAAACCUAGUGGUCAAACAGGGAAAUGGUUCCAAUCAUUUUUCCACCAUUCAUUUUUUUCAUAGGGGAUUUUAGAAACAGUUAAAAUAAGGGCUGUGUUUCGUGUAGGCUUUCCCUGGCGUGACGUUUUCAUAACCAUGUAUAUCUCUCUCUUGGGCAAGGUAACUUUUAUCAAUAUAUUCUGCUCUUUACUCGCAGAAUCUAACAUUUCAAUUAGCAUUAAAGUAGACUAAUGCAAAACCACAAAUCCCUGCAAGCUCAAGAACGUCAUCUCUAGCUGACACCUUUGCUAACAGGUAUUGUGUCAAUUUAAAACUUGCACAAGACUGUUCACAGAAUUGUCAAUUUUAAGAAAUGUAGCCAAUGUAUUAAUUACUACAUUUAGCUACCAUUAGAUAAUUAAUCCAGAGAUUCUUACCUUUGCCUCGAAUUCGGCAGUCUCGUCCCGAUCAUCAUGGCAUUUGUAGUUCUUCAUGAUAGCCACAUUAGCAGCUAUUUAGCAUUUUAUUUUGGGGGGGUAAAUACAGGCGAAUAUAUUGAUGUCCUAGAGAGAUUUACACGGUAAUCAAAACGUCACACCAGGGUAAGCGUACAUAAAACACAGCCCUUAUUUUAAGGGCUCCCGAGUGGCGCAGCGGUCUAAGGCACUGCAUCUCAGUGCUUGAGGCGUCACUACAGACCCACUGGUUCGAUUCCAGGCUGUAUCACAACCGGACGUGAUUGGGAGUCCCAUAGGGCGGCGCACAAUUGGCCCAGCGUCGUCCGGGUUUGGCCGGUGUAGGCCGUCAUUGUAAAUAAGAAUUUGUUCUUAACUGACUUGCCUAGUUAAAUAAAGGUAAAUUUCUAAAAUCCCCUAUGGGAAAAAUCUAUGGUGGAAAAACGAUUGGAACCAUUUCCCUGUUUGACCACUAGGUUUUAUGGGUAUUAUGACUCAUACUGUGGUACUCUAUGGUCUUUACUAUUACAGCCAUUUAAAAAAAUUGUGAAUGAGCAAGCGUGUGCACACACAGGAGGUCCCGUGAAAAAACGUGCCCCCCUAUGGAAAUCAAAUGCCCGUCCAACUGAUUCGUUCUGCCGCCGGGUCUGGAAUGGGCUGAAAAAGUUUACGUCGAUCCACAGAGGCAAAAAGGACAAUGUCGGAGUUUAAUUCAAUAAGAGAGAAAUUGCGAAAUGGAGAGUUGAAAAUAAAGAGAAGGGAGGGCCAGAAAUUAACGUUUGGGAAAGAUUUGAUGAAGUGGUAAAAGAGGAUUAUGGCAGUGUGUUAUGUGUCAUGAUUGUGAGGCGCUAUACAAAUACGACAGUCACAAGACGGGGACUUCAAAUAGGCCUAUGACACAUCAAGGGAACUGUAGCCUACUGUUCAGAUGGGUUAAAUGGAAACUGAAAUCUGGACACUGACUGUAGGUCUAUAAUCUUUCACAUAGCCUUAAUAUUAACUCCUGCAGAAUUAAGCAUUUCUUGCAGUAAAAUUAUACACCAAAUGUAGGUAAAAUUUUGACUAGGGAACAGGAGUGGAGAAAUAUGAUUUCUUUCAGCAUCUUGAGAGAAUGCGAAUGCAAUUAGAUACCAUCUGUAGAGGUGCUAUCUUUGUCAGCAUCAUAAAAGCUGAUUAGUAUUUCAACCACAAAAUAUGCAUCCAAGCUGAACUGAAAUCUAAUCAGAAACAUGUUGGGUCAUUUUCACAGCUUUCUAUUUCCUUACAACCGGUCAAACGUAUGUCAUUUGGAAAUUUAGCUCAAAAAAUCUUUCCUAUAGUUUUUUACAGUUAUUGCAUUUUCUCCCCGGUCCCUAAACAUCUUUGCUCAGCGAAAGAAGCAGAGAUGACAUAGAGAACUCUACCGAUGUCAACUAGAUUGAAGCAUUCAUUCUAUCGAACCCAGGGAGGGCCCCAGGACCGAGUUUGGGAAACCCUGUUCUAGGGCAACAUAUAGUGACAGAAGAGAAGCUGGUUUCCUCAGCCACACUCAAGGUCCUAAACGAUAUAAUAACCACAAUUGAUAAAAGACAGUACUGUGCAGCCGUCUUCAUCGACCUGGCCAAGGCUUUUGACUCUGUCAAUCACUUCAUUCUUAUUGGCAGACUAAAUAGCUUUGGUUUCUCAACUGACUGCCUCGCCUGGUUCACCAACUACUUUUCAGAUAGAGUUCAAUGUGUCAAAUCGGAGGGCCUGUUGUCUGGACCUCUGGCAGUCUCUAUGGGGGUGCCACAGGGUUCAAUUCUCGGGCCGACUCUAUUCUCUGUGUAUAUCAAUGAUGUCGCUCUUGCUGCUGGUGACUCUCAGAUCCACCUCUACGCAGACGACACCAUUUUGUAUACAUCUGGCCCUUCAUUGGACACUGUGUUAACAAACCUCCAAAUGAGCUUCAAUGCCAUACAACACUCCUUCCGUGGCCUCCAACUGCUCUUAAACGCUAGUAAAACUAAAUGCAUGCUCUUCAAUCGAACGCUGCUUGCACCCGCCCGCCCGACUAGAACUACAAAUACCUAGGUGUCUGGUUAGACCGUAAACUCUCCUUCCAGACUCACAUUAAGCAUCUCCAAUCCAAAGUUAAAUCUAGAAUCGGCUUCCUAUUUUGCUAAACAUGCCCUCGUAAAACUGACUAUCCUACCGAUCCUUGACUUCGGCGAUGUUAUUUACAAAAUAGCUUCCAACACUCUACUCAGCAAAUUGGAUGUAGUCUAUCACAGUGCCAUCCGUUUUUGUCACCAAAGCCCCAUAUACUACCCACCAUUGUGACCUGUACGCUCUCGUUGGCUGGCCCUCACUACAUAUUUGUCGCCAAACCCACUGGCUCCAGGUCAUCUAUAAAUCACUGCUAGGCAAAUCCCUGUCUUAUCUUAGCUCACUGGUCACCAUAGCAACACCCACCCGUAGUAUGCGCUCCAGCAGGUAUAUCUCACUGGUCAUCCCCAAAGCCAACACCUCCUUUGGCUGCCGUUCCUUCCAGUUCUCUGCUGAAAAUGACUGGAACGAACUGCAAAAAUCUCUGAAGCUGGAGACACUUAUCUCCCUCACUAUCUUCCAUAACUUACUACAUUUGCACACACUGUAUACAGAUUUUCUAUUGUGGUAUUGACUGUACGUUUUGUUUAUUCCAUAUGUAACUGUGUUGUUUUUAUCGCACUGCUUUGCUUUAUCUUGGCCAGGUCGCAGUUGUAAAUGAGAACUUGUUCUCAACUGGCUUACCUGGUUAAAUAAAGGUGAAAUUAAAAAUUAAAAUAAAAAAUUUGGGGAGUUUCUGCCAUUCCUCUCUGCAGAUCCUCUCGAGCUCUGUCAGGUUGAAUGGGGAACGUCGCUGCACAGCUAUUUUCAGGUCUCUCCAGAGAUAUUAGAUCGGGUUCAAGUCCAGGCUCUGGCUGGGCCACUCAAGGACAUUGAGACUUGUCCCAAAGCCAUUCCUGCGUUGUCUUGGCUGUGUGCUUAGGGUCAUUGUCCUGUUGGAAGGUGAACCUUCGCCCCAGUCGGAGGUCCUGAGCGCUCUGGAGCUGGUUGUCAUCAAGGAUCUCUCUGCACUUUGCUCCGUUCAUCUCUCCCUCAAUCCUGACUAGUCUCCCAGUCCCUGCCGCUGAAAAACAUCCCCACAGCAUGAUGCUGCCACCACCAUGCUUCACCGUAGGGAUGGGGGGCAUUAGAGUCUUUAGGUGCCUUUUGGCAAACUCCAAGUGGGCUGUCAUGUGCCUUUUACUGAGGAGUGGCUUCUGUCUGGCCACUCUACCAUAAAGGCCUGAUUGGUGGAGUGCUGCAGAGAUGGUUGUCCUUCUGGAAGAUUCUCCCAUCUCCACAGAGGAACUCUGGAGCUCGGUCAGAGUGACCAUCGGGUUCUUGGUCACCUCUUUGACCAAGGCCCUUUUCCCCCGAUUGCUCAGUUUGGCCGGGCGGCCAGCUCUAGGAAGAGUCUUGGUGGUUCCAAACUGUGUUCUUGGGAACCUUCAAUGCUGUAAAACAGUUUUGGUCACCUUCCCCAGAUCUGUGCCUCGACACAAUCCUGCCUCGGAGCUCUACAUGCACUGUCAACUGUGGGACCUUAUAUAGACAGGUGUGUGCCUUUCCAAAUCAUGUCCAAUCAAUUGAAUUUACCACAGGUGGACUCCAAUCAAGUUGUGGAAACAUCUCAAGGAUGACCAAUGGAAACAGGAUGCACCUGAACUUAAUUUCGAGUCUCAUAGCAAAGGGUGUGAAUACUUCUGUAAAUACGUUUUUAAUUGUAUUUAUUUUUUAUACAUUAGCAAACAUUUCGCUCUGUCAUGAUUAGGUACUGUGUGUAGAUUGAUGAGGAUUUUUAUUUAUUUAACCUAUUGUACAAUAAGGCUGUAACGCACAUUCCUGCAGUCAGCAUGCCAAUUACACGCUCCUUCAAAACUUGAGACAUCUGUGGCAUUGUGUUGUGUGACAAAACUGCAAAUUUUAGAGUGGCCUUUUAUUGUCCCCAGCACAAGGUGCACUUGUGUAAUGAUCAUGCUGUUUAAUCAGCUUAUUGAUGUGCCACACCUGUCAGGUGAAUGUAUUAUCUUGACAAAGGAUAAAAUGCUCAAUAAUAAGGAUGUGAACAAAUUUGUGCACAACAUUUGAUAGAAAUAAGCUUUUUGUGCGUAUGGAACAUUUCUGAAAUAUUUUAUUUCACCUCAUGAAACAUGGGACCAGCACGUUACCCGUUGCUUUUAUAUUUUUAUUCAGUGUAUAUUAGCGGGUUAGGGUCGGGUGCAGGAUGGGUUAUCACAUACAGUUGUGCGGUUGCGGAUGGGUUAUUAGCAUUUACGGGCGGGUGCGGGUGAACAAACAGCUGACCCGCGCACCACUAACCGAUAAGUAAAGAAAGGGGAAAAAGAGGGAAGGAGAGACAGAAAGCCAGAACGAGCUCAGUGGAGAGAGAUAGAUAUAGAGAGAGGGAAUUGGAGAGAGCGAGAGACAAAGGGGGAGAUAAACGACACCGUGUGACACUGAUGGCGUCUCUAGUGACAAUCCUCUCUGUCUCUGUCAGGACAUGCAUCUAUCACACACACGUUAACCUGAAACACAGACAGAUUCACAUCCCAGACUCCCACCCCACCCCCCUCUUUCUCUGACUUCUUUCUCACGAACUGUCUGUUAGUAAUGUGUAGUGUGCGUUAAAUUAGAGAAUGUCAUGUUUAUAUGGGAAUCAGCAUUUGGGAAUCCUAGGAAUUCCAACACUGCCCUCGAACACUAACCCCAGUUGGAGAAUGCCAGUGAUGCAAUGUAUGUGGGCACGCCCCCUAUGGUAUCCCAAACCUACCAUUACCCAAACCGGCCUGACCCAUUCUCUCUGUCUGGCCCCUUUAACAGUUGGUUUCAGAGCAGUUUUCAUGAGUUUAAUCCUGACCAUAACCAUUAUGUGAUUAGCACUUUAACAGGCUCUGGAUCAGCAUAUCAUAUCAUAUCAACGUGUGCUCUAGGGUUAGUUUGUUUGUGUGUGUACUGGUAUGAAGGCAACUUCUGUCCUUCCUCUGUUUUCUCUUUCCAUCUGUCUCGGUCCUGGCAUGUGGCACAUACUGACUGACACACAUUUCUCGUCUGUGUGUUGUGUAAAUUGCUCUGCGGCUGCAAGGAACUAAUGCUCACUUGACCUAUUGGAGCCUUCCUUAGUAUACAGCCUUUAAUGUGUGUCUGUGUGUGUCAAGUGUUAGUCCUACAUAGAGAGAGACAGAUUACGUAGGCUUUCACUCACAGCAGAGAUUGAUUUGGCCUUGACACACACACACACACACACACACACACACACACACACAGGCCUUGUUCUGAUGUUGACCGUGAACACGAUGCCAUGAUCCUCAUUCUCAGGAUGAACGACGUACGGAAUGCUCAAGUUCAGUAACAAGGACACACACUCACACACAUACUGUAAAACAGACCCUUUGUCACCUGCUCGCAUAGGUAUGACAGUUUCUGUAGAUGCCAGACAUAGAUUGAAGGGAUCCAUAGCUACAGCUACUCUAUCAUGUGACUUGCUGGCCUCUGAGUAACUCCUCACCCCAAUAACCCCCUCAUACUCGCUCUGUCCUUCCUAUCUCUCCUUCUCUCUCCUUCGCUGCUGGGGGUGGUUGUGGUUCUGUUGGUCUGUCUCUGACCAUUGUCUGACCGCUGUGUUGGGGUCAUGGCAGGACUAAACAUUAUCUUCCAUGUUCUGGAUGGGAUGUUUACUAGAGACAGCUAUAUGACCCAGGACAGGACCAAUGCUGGUAAGACAGGGUCUUUUAUAGGGAUGCUAAUAGUGAACACACAGAUGUGGUAGUAACACACAUUGUGUAUUGUAAGUCAAUGGUUGAGCUGUGGUAUCACCAUAUGGUACUGUAUCUAUUAUGGGUGUAUGUCCAUCUGAGGUAUUACACCAACUUAGUGAUAAAGACCUUCUGUCUGUAUGUCUGUCUGUCUCACCAUGGAAUGUUUCAUGGGGUCUUUGAACCACUCCUCACACUUUUUAAGCAGCUUCUCUCUAAUCCCAACACGCAUGCACACACACACACACAGAGAGGGCAGCAAUGGCACAUUUAGGGGUCCACAUUCAAGGUAGGGGGGUGUGUGUGUGUGUGUGUCCACAUGUCUGACCACUGUCAGGAUGCCCUCAUAUUCCCCCCACUCUCUUAUCCCUCUCACUGACACACACACACACACACACACACACACACACACACACACACAGACACACACACACACACACACACACACACACAUACACACACACACACACACACACACACACACACACACACACACACACACACACACACACACAGGGAGUUAAGACGUGAGAUUAAGAACAGACUGGGUAGAAGCCUGUUCCUCUCCUAAACCCACACAGGGCAGCAGUUCACACAGAAGGGGCUGCUAGCUACUUAGCUUAGCAUACAUUAGCCUAGCUUAGCACCACUCCUUAAAAGCAAUACACUUUUUUUGUUUUAUCCCAAGAAAGUGUCUCUUAGCCUUGAUGAGCCUAAUUUUAGCUAGCGUAGCAUUGUGGGUCUAAUGCUAGUUUUUCACAAUGCAAUGACUAUCUUUUUUGUUGUAGCUUAGCAUUGUAUUGUAGCUUAGCUGGGAAUUGUGUUAGCAGAGGAGGUAGUUCCUCAUGUUCCAUGGCCGGUUGGAGUAACAGACUUUGGAAUACUGGGAAUAUACAGUACCAUGCAGACGUGUUGGUACUGGAGGAGGAUAACAUCAUCACUGGUGACCAAUCACAUGUGGCAGUAUGCUCAGACAGGCUCCGCCCUCAUCCAGCUGACAGGUAUGCUGCUUGAUGCCGAUUGGUGCCAAACUCCUUGGGACAUCCAACUCUGACAUCACCCCAUUGAAGUUGAAAUUGAAAACAGUUAAGGUUAGGUUUAGGUAAGGGUUAGGGUUUAGGGUGGGGACGUCCCAAGGAUCCUCCUUAGCACCUACCCAUCUGAAAUGGCAACAGGUUCCUUUGAAAUAUUAUACAAUGUUAUUUGUCACAUGCUUUGUAAACAACAGGUGUGGACUAAUAGUGAAAUACUUUCUUACGGGCCCUUCCCAACAAUGCAGAGAGAAAUAAAAUGGAUUAAAAAAUGGAUACCCAAUGAGUAUACGUGUGUAUGUGGAGAGGAAGUCUCUUUAGAGUAUUGUGAUGCGCUAUUCAACUCUAACCUCUUUGGUUUUGAAUGGUAAAGUAAAGGUUAAAGAUGGCCACUUUUUCUAAACAAAAGAGUGAGUAAGGUAGGGAAAGAGAGAGAGAGGACAGAGAGGAAAAAAUAAAGUGACCAUCCCUCCGUCCUUGUCCGUCUGCUGUGGUUGAGUCAGGGUGACAUCAUCGUCUGCAGCGGGGUUCAUUGCAGGGUUUUUACUUUCCAUUCAUUCUCUCUUUUCUUGUUCACUCAUUUUAUUUGCUCGUACAUCCUGGCUGUCACUUCUCAGCUGCUUUCAUAAAUCCUCAACUCUCUCUCUUUCUGUUUUUCUCUCUAUAUAUACAGCUCUGGAAAAAAUUAAGAGACCACUGCAAAUUUUUCUUAAAUCAGCAUCUCUACAUGUAUGACAGCCAUUCCAUUCCAGUGUCUGUUGAAUUCCAACACAGGCACACCUCAUUCUACUGAAUUAGGUACUGAUUAGGUGAUCACCUGAACCAUAUCUUAUUUAACGAGGAAAGUAUAAAAACCACUGCUGUGGUCAUCACUAUCCUCUUGCAAUAGGACCAGCUGGAUGGCAAAAAGAGUGCUAAUAGUACCUCAAAAGGAAUAUUAAGCAAAAAAUAACUAUUGACCGUACCAAAAGAGUUGAAAAGGAAAGUUUUCAGUGAGGAAAAGAAGGGUUCAAUUCUGGCUUUACUGGCAGAGGGAUACAGUGAGCGUCAGGUUGCUUCCAUCCUUAAAAUUUCAAAGACGCGGUUUAUAAGAACAAGGUCAAGCAGCAGACAAUGGGGACAACAAAGCUACAGACCAGCAGAGGGCGAAAACAACUCUCUACUGACCGGGAUGACCACCAACUCAUUCGAAUGUCACUCAACAACCGUAGGAUGACAUCAAGUGACCUACAAAAAUAAUGGCAAACGGCAGCUGGGGUGAAGUGCACGGCGAGGACGGUUCGAAACAGGCUCCUAGGGGCAGGGCUGAAGUCGUGCAAACCUAGAAAAAAGCCCUUCAUCAAUGUGAAGCAAAGAAGAGCCAGGCUGAGGUUUGCAAAAGACCUUAAGGAUUGGACCAUAGAGGAUUGGAGUAAGGUCAUCUUUUCUGAUGAGUCCAAUUUUCAGCUUUGCCCAACACCUGGUCGUCUAAUGGUUAGACGGAGACCUGGAGAGGCCUACAAGCCACAGUGUCUCGCACCCACUGUGAAAUUUGGUGGAAGAUUGGUGAUGAUCUGGGGGUGCUUCAGCAAGGCUGGAAUCGGGCAGAUUUGUCUUUGUGAAGGACGCAUGUAUCAAUCCACGCACAAGGUUGUCCUGGAAGAAAACUUGCUUCCUUUUGCUCUGACAUUGUUCCCCAACUCUGAGGAUUGGUUUUUUUCCAGCAGGACAAUGCACCAUGCCACACAGCCAGGUCAAUCAAGGUGUGGAUGGAGGACCACCAGAUCAAGACCCUGUCAUGGCCAGCCCAAUCUCCAGACCUGAACCCCAUUGAAAACUUCUGGAAUGUGAUCAAGAGGAAGAUGGAUGGUCACAAGCCAUCAAACAAAGCCGAGCUGCUUGAAUUUUUGCGCCAGGAGUGGCAUAAAGUCACCCAACAUCAAUGUGAAAGACUGGUGGAGAGCAUGCCAAGACGCAUGAAAGCUGUGAUUGAAAAUCAGGGUUAUUCCACCAAAUAUUGAUUUCUGAACUCUUCCUAAGUUAGAAUAUUAGUAUUGUGUUGUUUAAAAAUGAACAUUAACUUAUUUUCUUUGCAUUAUUCGAGGUCUGACAACACUGCAUCUUUUUUUUUAUUUUGACCAGUUUGACCAAUAAAUGCUCUAAAUUACACUAUUUUUCUUUGGAAUUUGGGAGAAAUGUUGUCAGUAGUUUUAUAGAAUAAAACAAAAAUGUUAUUCUUACCCAAACACAUACAGUGAGGGAAAAAAGUAUUUGAUUCCCUGCUGAUUUUGUACGUUUGCCCACUGACAAAGACAUGAUCAGUCUAUAAUUUUAAUGGUAGGUUUAUUUGAACAGUGAGAGACAGAAUAACAACAACAAAAUCCAGAAAAACACAUGUCAAAAAUGUUAUAAAUUGAUUUGCAUUUUAAUGAGAGAAAUAAGUAUUUGACCCCCUCUCAAUCAGAAAGAUUUCUGGCUCCCAGGUGUCUUUUAUACAGGUAACGAGCUGAGAUUAGGAGCACCUAAUCUCAGCUUGUUACCUGUAUAAAAGACACCUGUCCACAGAAGCAAUCAGUCAAUCAGAUUCCAAACUCCCACCAUGGCCAAGACCAAAGAGCUCUCCAAGGAUGUCAGGGACAAGAUUGUAGACCUACACAAGGCUGGAAUGGGCUACAAGACCAUCGCCAAGCAGCUUGGUGAGAAGGUGACAACAGUUGGUGCGAUUAUUCGCAAAUGGAAGAAACACAAAAUAACUGUCAAUCUCCCUCGGCCUGGGGCUCCAUGCAAGAUCUCACCUCGUGGAGUUUUUUUUUUUUUUUUUAUUUUUUUUAUUUCACCUUUAUUUAACCAGGUAAACCAGUUGAGAACAAGUUCUCAUUUACAACUGCGACCUGGCCAAGAUAAAGCAAAGCAGUGCGAUAAAAACAACAACACAGAGUUACAUAUGGGGUAAAACAAAACAAAAAUCAAAAAAAAAAAAAUAUAUAUAUACACAACAGAAAUACAAUUAAUAUACAGUGUGCAAAUUUAGCAAGUUAUGGAGGUAAGGCAAUAAAAUAGGCUAUAGUGCAAAAUAAUUACAAUUUAGUAUUAACACUGGAAUGAUGUGCAAGAGAUGAUGUGCAAAUAGAGAUACUGGGGUACAGAUGAGCAAAAUAAAUAACAAUAUAGGGAUGAGGUAGUUGGGCGGGCUAAUUUCAGAUGGGCUGUGUACAGGUGCAGUGAUCGGUAAGGUGCUCUGACAACUGAUGCUUAAAGUUAGUGAGGGAGAUAAGUGUCUCCAGCUUCAGAGAUUUUUGCAAUUUGUUCCAGUUGCAAUGAUCAUGAGAACGGUGAGGAAUCAGCCCAGAACUACACGGGAGGAUCUUGUCAAUGAUCUCAAGGCAGCUGGGACCAUAGUCACCAAGAAAACAAUUGGUAACACACUACGCCGUGAAGGACUGAAAUCCUGCAGCGCCCGCAAGGUCCCCCUGCUCAAGAAAGCACAUAUACAGGGCCGUCUGAAGUUUGCCAAUGAACAUCUGAAUGAUUCAGAGGAGAACUGGGUGAAAGUGUUGUGGUCAGAUGAGACCAAAAUCGAGCUCUUUGGCAUCAACUCAACUCGCCGUGUUUGGAGGAGAAGGAAUGCUGUCUAUGACCCCAAGAACACCAUCCCCACGUCAAACAUGGAUGUGGAAACAUUAUGCUUUGGGGGUGUUUUUCUGCUAAGGGGACAGGACAACUUCACUGCAUCAAAGAGACGAUGGACGGGGCCAUGUACCGUCAAAUCUUGGGUGAAAACCUCCUUCCCUCAGCCAGGGCAUUGAAAAUGGGUUGUGGAUGGGUAUUCCAGCAUGACAAUGACCCAAAACACACGGCCAAGGCAACAAAGGAGUGGCUCAAGAAGAAGCAUAUUAAGGUCCUGUAGUGGCCUAGCCAGUCUCCAGACCUUAAUCCCAUAGAAAAUCUGUGGAGGGAGCUGAAGGUUUUAGUUGCCAAAUGUCAGCCUCGAAACCUUAAUGACUUGGAGAAGAUCUGCAAAGAGGAGUGGAACAAAAUCCCUCCUGAGAUGUGUGCAAAACUACAAGAAACGUCUGACCUCUGUGAUUGCCAACAAGGGUUUUGCCACCAAGUACUAAGUCAUGUUUUGCAGAGGGGUCAAAUACUUAUUUCCCUCAUUAAAAUGAAAAUCAAUUUAUAACAAUUUUGACAUGCGUUUUUCUGGAUUUCUUUGUUGUUAUUCUGUCUCUCACUGUUCAAAUAAACCUACCAUUAAAAUUAUAGACUGAUCAUGUCUUUGUCAGUGGGCAAACGUACAAAAUCAACAGGGGAUCAAAUACUUGUUUCCCUCACUGUACCUAUAAAUAGUAAAACCAGAGAAACGGAUAAUUUUGCAGUGGUCUCUUAAUUUUUUCCAGAGCUGUAUAUGUCUCUUUCUAUCUCUGUCUUUGUGGCCCCGUGUAUCAGAUAUUGUCUGUGUGUGUGUACAGUUGUCACGGCGAUCCUAUGGAUUCUGGCCAGUGUCCAGCUGGUCACAUAAGUUGUGUAAAGAUCUGUGUGAGAACGCAUCCUACUGUGUGUGUGUGUGUGUGCGUGCUGUAUUUAUAAAGCAAAUAGCUGUUUUAUUUCCUAAUCCUCAAAAUGCACAGUGGGAUCGACCGAAUGACCUACACACACCCCCACACCUCUCCCUCCCCCUGACGGAGUAUGGUUGUGGGAGGGUAGAAAGUGCUCCAGAAGCUCACCACAGGGGCAGCUAAAUAUAGAGGAGCUCAGGUCAUAACACACUAGAAGUAACACUGGAAUUAUUAUGGAAUACAGAGCAGGGCCAAGGAACACACACACACACCGAUGGAAAGAAGGUCUGGAGCAGAGCGACACAUACAUACAUACACACACACACACACAGACAGACACACACACACACACACACACAUAUAUAUAUAUAUACACACACACUCCUGCUUCCUACAGGCAGACUACUAGGAGCCUGUCUGAGUCUGGUCGCUAUUCUCCCAUCUGAUGUGUGUGUGUGUUUAUAAUUGAGUACUGGAGGGCUAGAGCUCUGAGGAGCUAUACAGUAUCAGUUGAGUGAAUUCACAGAGAACUACAAGGCUUUCACUGUAAAACUUUCUCAUCUCCACUACCUACUACACACACACACACACACACACACACACACACACACACCGUAAAGAUAGGCAUUGAGUUGGACAGAUAGCGGUGUGUUUGUUGAAUGAACAUCUCCUGAUUGAUCCAUCCCUAAAUCUCAUAUUUUCCAUUACAAAAUUACUGUGCUAUUAUUAUGAUAAGAUCAGUGGAGGCUGCUGAGGGGAGGACGGCUCAUAAUAAUGGCUGGAACGCUCCAGCCAUUACCACGAGCCCGUCCUCCCCAAUUUAGGUGCCACCAACCUCCUGUUGAUAAGACAGCUGGCAUGAUCGGCACAUUUCAGUGAUGAGUGUAGGCUACAGGCCUUUAUCACCCUAUCGUAGGACAUCUGUAAAUUAUCCAAAAUGUGUUAUUGUGUCAAACUGUUGCAACUUUUUGCAAAAUAAUUUCAUAGGAUAGCUACAUGCCCUAAAAUGCUGAACAUGUGAACAAUGUUUGCAGUCACAUUGAUUCCCAGGCCACCAGUUUAGUGAGAGGUUCCCCCAGUGCUGUCACAGAGCAAUUGACAGAAAUCAACUGUGCACAUAACAUUUUACUUUUAAAAUGAGGUGAAAUAUGAUUACUAUUGGUUGUGAAUAGGCUAUUGGGCAGUUGUUGAGCUGUUUUGUAACAGUUGUUUGUGUCUGGGUGUACAUAGUGUUUGUGUCUGGGUGUACAUAGUGUUUGUGUCUGGGUGUACAUAGUGUUUGUGUCUGGGUGUACAUAGUGUUUGUGUCUGGGUGUACAUAGUGUUUGUGUCUGGGUGUACAUAGUGUUUGUGUCUGGGUGUACAUAGUGUUUGUGUCUGGGUGUACAUAGUGUUUGUCUGGGUGUACAUAGUGUUUGUGUCUGGGUGUACAUAGUGUUUGUGUCUGGGUGUACAUAGUGUUUGGAUCUGGGUGUACAUAGUGUUUGUAUCUGAGUGUACAUAGUGUUUGUGUCUGAGUGUACAUAGUGUUUGUGUCUGAGUGUACAUAGUGUUUGUGUCUGGGUGUACAUAAUGUUUGUGUCUGGGUGUACAUAGUGUUUGUGUCUGGGUGUACAUAGUGUUUGUGUCUGGGUGUACAUAGUGUUUGUGUCUGGGUGUACAUAGUGUUUGUGUCUGGGUGUACAUAGUGUUUGUGUCUGGGUGUACAUAGUGUUUGUGUCUGGGUGUACAUAGUGUUUGUGUCUGGGUGUACAUAGUGUUUGUGUCUGGGUGUACAUAGUGUUUUUGUGUCUGGGUGUACAUAGUGUUUGUGUCUGGGUGUACAUAGUGUUUGUGUCUGGGUGUACAUAGUGUUUGUGUCUGGGUGUACAUAGUGUUUGUGUCUGGGUGUACAUAGUGUUUGUGUCUUGGUCGGCGUGUGUGUGUGUGCUCACUUACUCCUCUGUGAGGCGCUGUAACAUUGCAAAAGAGAGUAAUGACGUCAUCUCUCUCUCUCUCUGUCUCUCUGUCUCUCUCUCUCUUUCUCUGUGUAGUGGGUGCGUUGUCCUGGAUAACUCUAAGGACACAGAAGUAUGAGUUUGCAGGGAGAGGGAAAGAGAGAGUGAGAGAAAUAGAGAGGGGAGAAGGGCUCUGGUGGCAUAAUAGUACAUCAUAUAGUCCUAGCCCAACUCCUGCGGGAUAUGAUGAAGCUAUAUUUGACGGUUUAGUGAAGGACAGGUAGUGGUCUCAUUCUGUCAACACAUGACCAGGAAAUAAACCUCCCUUUCUAACUCUAAAACAGGUCUUUGUUAAAGUGUGAGUUUCUACUUCUACAGCCUCAAUGCUUCCUCUGUGUGCGUGUGUGUGUGUGUGUGUUCUUGCCUUAUACUCUUCAACAGUUACUCCAGUCAGACAAAAUCAAUGUCAUGUUUCCCAUUCUGAAAACGUUUUCUUUCUUUGACUGUAAUGCUGACAAAAUGAACCUCCUAUUCCCUAUACUCAAGAAAGAAAUACAAACUCAGACAUUUGAAUUGUACAACAAGUUGGAUAAAACUAUGCCUAUUCUUCCUGAAACCUUUUGAUGGAAGAAGAUAGGAUUUGAACAUUGGGAGUUUUGGUUUUAAAAAAUCACCUUUUGCUCUGUCAUCUUUCUAUGUGAUGUUUGAUCCUAAUCCUUCUGUCUUUCCUUCUCAUUUUCCCUCUCUUCUUCUCUCUCCAGGUUUUCGCAGAAAUGAAGACAUGAGAGCGAUGGAGGUGUUGCCUAUUCUAAAGGAAAAAGUUGCCUUCCUAUCAGGUGUGUGUGUGUGUGUGUGUGUGUGUGUGUGUGAGAGAGCGAGAGAAUCCUACUUGUUUCUUUCUUCAUAAACGAAGCUAAUAGAACAUGACACAUUUACACACUUACAGCUCCCAGGCAUGGAACUACACACACACACACACUCUGAGUGUGUGUAAUUAUAGCUGUGACCCGUGGCUACUGAGAGGUCAGACCCCAGACACUUGACCUUUGUCCCCUCGUCUGUUCUUCCUGCCAGUUCUCGACUAUUUUAGUGUUGAAAAUAUUUCUCAUCGAGCCGAAGCAGGAGGAACAAAUGUGUGUGUGCUUGUGUGUGUGUUUGUUUUUUACUGUUUGUGUCUGUGUGUCAUUCCUCUUCCUCUUUUGUCUGACUCCAUUCUCAUUCUGUGUGUAGCCAAGGUCACUGACAGACCAUAAUGAACAGAAGUAUGACUCAGAGAGAGAAAUAAUGAGAGGAAGAGAGAGGAGGUUCAGAGAGUGUGGUUGCUAUAGCGUUGAGUUACUGUCUGUCAUAACCAUUUCCCGUCAAUGCAUUUUGGAAAGUAAUUGGCUUUGAAAGGAGAGGAGCGGUUGAAGGAGAGGGAGGGAGGGAGGGAGGGAGAGAGAGAGAGGGUGUUGUAGGAAAUAAAGAAAUGUGGGGGUGGAGGGAGGUAUAGAUCGUAUAUCCAGAUACAAUUAGGCCUACGUAACAUACAUUAACAUAGUCAAACAAAUGACUAUAGGGUUUCUAUAGAAAUAGUUAUAUAUUUCUGUAUAUUGCUAUAUAGUUUUCCUGAUAAAAUCAUGUUUCCCCUACCUCUGAGUACCUGUUACUGAGAUGAUGCUGAUCAUACUCAUGGGAAUAUAACUCUCUGUUUCAGUCUAUGUCCACCAGGAGGCAGAGGUGUGUGUACGCUCCACUGUGCGCUAAGCUGACCGUUGACUGUUUUAUUAUGUGUGUUCCAGGGGGCAGAGACAGACGCGGAGGUCCAGUGUUAACGUUUCCGUCACGCAGUAACCACGACAGAAUACGAGCCGAUGACCUCAGAAGACUCAUAGCGUACCUCGCGGGCAUCCCCAAGUAUGUGUGUUUGUGUCUUCGGUACCUGCAUGCGUACAUAUUGUGUGUAUAUUUGUAUGGUUGGUUUAGUCUCUUGGAUGGGGCUGAGUGUUGAGAGAGAGAGAGAGAGAGAGAGAGAGAGAGAGAGAGAGAGAGAGAGAGAGAGAGAGAGGUGUGUGAACAACAGUGUCGCUCGCAGAGGCGGUACGGUUGCUAUAUCUGCUCAGUAGUAGUUGUUGUGAUGAUAGCUAAGUUUGAGUAGGUCUGUACGCUGCUGCUCUCUCCUUCUAGGUACGUCUUUCUCUCUCUCCUCAUUACAAAUCUCUUAACGGUUCUUCUCCUCUCUCGCUCUCUAUGUAAAUGAUAUGUAGAUCUCUCUCAGCUUUUUCUCUCUAUCCUCUGUAUAAUGUAUUUCUGUGUUUGUGUGUUCUCUCUUUCUUCCUAUAUCUCUCCCUCUCUAUCUCUCCCUCUCUCUGCUCAGUGUGUUGGGAGUCAGAGUUCUGUUUUAUUUUUAGUUUACCUGGAAAACAUCUGAAGACUGUCUUUAGCUGACAGACAGACAGGCAGAUGUUAGAGAGGACGGAAGGAUUGAUAGAAAGAGAAGGAAUCCAGAAAUAUAGAGGAUAGAGAGUCCAAAACGAAAAGGAGGGAAUAAGGGAUUGAGAGAGGCGUAAAGGAUAAAGAGAGAUGAAGGAUAGAUCCUAAAAGAGAGUGAGUGACAGAGAGAGGGAUUGUGUGUAUUCUCCUGAGAGAGAGAACUCUCUGGGGCUGAGUGUUGUAGUCAGCAGAGAGGGAUUGUGUGUAUUCUCCUGAGAGAGAGAGAGAACUCUCUGGGGCUGAGUGUUGUAGUCAGCAGAGAGCGGGAAUAAAGAAAAAGAGAGGGUGGGUUGAGUAGAUGCUGUUUAUUACUAGCCAUGCAGGGGAUGUAUGAUGCAGUGUGAGGUUAGUUUAACUACGGUCAUGAUGCUGAUGAUGGAUUCAGUCUCUUCUGCUUUGUUUUGGUCAUUCUACUGAGUGUUAGGUUGCACAUUUUCCUUAUCUGGCUGGAAAUCACUGUAGUUGUGUGUGUUUGUGUGCGCGUCCGUGCGUGCACCGUAGUGUGUGCUAUAUGUGCUUUUCACAGUACCGAAAAUGUGUCAUCACCAUCUCAUGGUUUGGUUUGACUCUCUCCCUACCUCAUCCCUUCUCUCUAUUUCUCUACCUCCCACUCAACCUCCUCCCUCUUUCUCUACCACUUAUCUCUGCCCCUCCCCUUUCCCACUCUCACUCUUUCACUGCCACCUCUCCCCCUCCUACCUUCUCUCUCUCUCCCACCUCCCUACCACCCACUCUCACUCUUUCGCUACCACCUUCCCUCCUCCCACCCCCUCCCUCAAUCCUUCCUGCUUCCCCUUCCCUGGUCCAGUGAGGAGGUAGUCAAGCAUGGCUUCACAGUCAUAGUGGACAUGCGAGGCAGUAAAUGGGACAGUAUCAAACCUCUACUGAAGAUCCUCCAGGAGUCGUUCCCCUGCUGUAUACACGUAGCGCUCAUCAUCAAACCAGACAACUUCUGGCAGAAACAACGCACCAACUUUGGAAGCUCCAAGUUCGAAUUUGAGGUAAGAUUACUGUUUUUACUUUAUUAAAUCGCAGAAAUUUGGUGUGCUUCAAACUCGAUUUUGAGGUAAACACUAAAUCAAUGGUUCAUAUUGUUUUUAGGGCUGUCAAGCAAUUAAACUAAUGAAUUGCAGGUAAUGGCAUUAGUUAAUCAAAAUUAAUCACAAUUUUAAAAUUUGCUCAAAUUUGGCCCAAAUAAAAAGCAGUGCAUUGAGUUAUAGCCAUACUAUAUUUUGAUUGGAAGGGAAUUAACACAAAAUAAUCUGUAUCAGAAUGUUUUAAUGGCAUUUUCACCAUACACAACACAAAAGCCACUAACAUACAGAUAGCUAUUAGGCCUAAUGCUCCCAAUGUUCAGGAAUUCUAAAUGAGUGUUCCAAUUUCUGAUUGGAAGGUUGACUCUAGGAAAUAAUAACUGGCUCUAUGGAUACAAAGAACAAAAAGCUUUUAAACCUGUCCAACAAUGUUAUGAAUUACACAGAAGACAAUAACAACCGAUCAGCCAGGUCUGAGUUCAUGUACAAUAUCAUACAGCUAUUACCUAGCCUAGGCUACUUAUCCAUGUUCUUCAACGUGAACUAGUCACAAGCUGCUAGUACUACAGUUGGGAUCAUUUGCUUAAAUCUUUUCACCUAUGAACAAAAACAAAAACAGUAGCCUAGCUAAAUGGAAUGUAUGUCCUGUUCUGAUUUAAAAUAAUUGUGGGAAGUUGGUUGAAUCAAGAGGCAUUCAGCCAUGGCAUUGUAAACAUUAUUUUGGUUAGCUAGCUAGCUAACGUUAGCACAACGAGCUAGCUACUUCUGUACAAAUUAUGUUUUUGCUGUUAUCUAAAGAAACGCCUGGGAAUGUGUUCGUGGUUGAACUUUCUGUAAGUUUUGCUUCAAACUGGUUGCUCAAAGAAGCACGCAUAGUGGAUGUUUAAGUACCACAGUAGACGGGUUGGCUGACAACGUCACGAAAAUGAUGCGCGCGCAUCAUUGUUGUUAUGAUUCUGAACCGUCAGAUAUUACAAGAAGCUGCCACGUGGGGAAUCAUUGAUGGCUCUUUUCAGCUAGCCAUAUCUUGUUCUUGAAACCAUGUCUUGUUUUGAUGUGUUUUGCUUUAUUUCAUGUCCAUACAAAAAUGUACUAGUUAGCUAACCAAUAACUGUAACAAUGUAUUUGAGAGACAACAAGUGCUCAUUGUGCAAAUGUAUUUAUGUUUUCAAUAAACAUUUGGUGAUGCAUACAGCAUGUUGUCAACAAUCUAUGCCAACCCCAACUGUUUUGGGCAAAAAUUGCACUCGCGUCGGUUUUGUUGCUAAACAACCAACCCGUCUAUAGAGACAAACAGCUAAUGAGACCGAUUGCACACGGUAUUAAGAGUGUGUGCGUGUUUGAUGCGUUUAAAAUGGUGUGUGCGUGUUUGUUGCGCUUGAAAGGGUCCGUGCGCUGAAGAAAUGAACAUGCGAUUUUGCAGCAUUCAAAAAAAUCUGCAUAAAAAAUGCCAUGCGUUAACGCGUUAUUAACGUGUUAAUGUGUUGUCUUUGACAGCCCUAAUUGUUUUAUUAUGGCCUUUUUUGUUCCUCCAAUGCAUUUUAAUACCAGUGCCUUUGCCGUAGCAUAGCAAACCCAACAGCAAUAGGGUAUGGUGUGUGUUGACUUAGCAUAGCAAACCCAACACGAAUAUGAUAUGGUGUGUGUUGACUUAGCAUAGCAAACCCAACAGCAAUAUGGUAUGGUGUGUGUUGAUUUAGCAUAGCAAACCCAACAGCAAUAUGGUAUGGUGUAUGUUGACUUAGCAUAGCAAACCCAAUAGCAAUAUGGUAUGGUGUGUGUUGACUUAGCAUAGCAAACCCAACAGCAAUAUGGUAUGGUGUGUGUUGAUUUAGCAUAGCAAACCCAACAGCAAUAUGGUAUGGUGUAUGUUGACUUAGCAUAGCAAACCCAAUAGCAAUAUGGUAUGGUGUGUGUUGACUUAGCAUAGCAAACCCAACAGCAAUAUGGUAUGGUGUGUGUUGACUUAGCAUAGCAAACCCAACAGCAAUAUGGUGUGUGUUUACUUAGCAUAGCAAACCCAACAGCAAUAUUGUAUGGUGUGUGUUCACUGUCAGUUUGAGGUCUUCUGCUAUAUUAUACUCUGCUGUAUUACAUUUUUGAUUUAGAAUCACAAUGGGAUAUUGUUUAGAGCUGCUUGUUUUGACACACACACACACACACACACAAGCUGCUGUUUUCAAUUGUUUUUGAUAGGCUUGUAGGCUUGACUACUUCUAUGUAAACUUCUAUGUAAUAGUGUUGAAAAUCCUGCAGAGCAAUGCAAUAAUGUAAUGGAGCGCUAUGCUAUUUGGUUUGAUUUCUAUACAGUUUUAUUUGCUGUGUCUAAUGUGAUGUGUGGCGCUCUACUUUUUGUUGUUGUAUUAAGUUAACACCCACAGUCGCACACACACACGCAUGCACACACACACCCUGUUAGAGCAGUAACGCUGGUGUAUUGGAUUGUUUCGAUUGGUUGAUGGUGUGUGAAGCCAUGUGUCACUGUCAGCCAGUCACCACAGGGCAAAACACACACACACAAUUAAACACCACCGCUCUUUCUACCCUGCUGUGUGUGUGUGUGUGUGUGUGUGUGUGUGUGUGUGUGAGGCCAUGCAUGCGUCUGUGUAUGUGUGUGUAUUUUUCAGCACCACAUUUUGCUCAGUAAAAUCACUUUUCCGGCCAAUGCUGGGUUAUGCUUUUAAAAUGUGAACAUGAAAUAUUAACAUUCCAUUAGGAGCUGGAACAGAUGGAACAUUACUCUAGAAGAGAUGGAGGGAAUAGAGAGAGAUGGAGAGAUGCAUUCUAACCUGGACUUGUCAAUAGAAGAUAACUGUUGUGAUUUUCUCCUUCUCUCUGCCUUUCUUUGGAUUUAGAGGGCUUCUCAUCUUUAACUCUCUGUCACUCUCAUUCUGACUAUAAUCCUGCCCACGGAAGGCUUUGUCAGGUUUCUCCUCAUCGCUCGCUCCUCUCUCUAUCCUUCAAUCUGACACAGAGCGUGGGUGUUAACCUUGCUGUGUGGGUUAGUAUUAUCUUGGCAACAUAAAGCACUUGAGAAUGGAUACAAUCUCUCCCAUAUUUCUCAAUCUGUAUAGACAUGGCUUUACCUUUUCUGAGAUAAAAGUUUUCUAAAUGUCCCCGAAAAACAUUAUAUGAACUCAUCAGACUCUAUCAAGAUGAAGAGAGAGGGAGAAUGAGACCUCAGAAUCAUUUAUUUCUGACCCCUCCCCUUUUUGUCACAGCCAAUCAAAUGUGUCUGUCUGAGUGUCUGAAUCACCAUUAGUGUUGUGUGGGUGACUGACAGUGGGCAUUGAACUUCUCCUCGUCCUGUCUACCAUUGUUAACCAGAAAGCUGUGAUGAUUAUUUUGGAAUUGAUUAAAACCUUCUCUAUCCCUCCCUCUCUUCCGUUUCUUUCCCUUCCCUCUUCAUCUUUCCACCUCAUCUCUCUCUCUCCCUCCCCCCAUGUCUCCCCUCUCUUAUUCUCUCUAGACUACCAUGGUAUCGUUGGAGGGUCUAUCUAAGGUGGUUGACCCCUCCCAGCUGACCGCUGACUUCGAGGGAAGUCUGGAAUACAACCAUGAUGAGUGGAUCGAGGUACAACCUGCCAAUUAAUCAAUCAAUAAAUCAAUGGUUUGCAAACAUUUUUUUAGAUAAGAGAUAUAGAUAGAACCUAAAAUAUACACACACACACUGUAGCUGUCUUAGUCAGUACUACAACCAGAAGUCAAUCAAUCCAUCCAUAUCUGCGUUCUUUUCCAGGUGCGGAUUGCUUUUGAGGAGUUUACGGGGCACGCGGGUCACAUGUUGUCGAGGCUGGAGGAGAUGCAGGAGGUGGUGGCGAGGAAAGACUUCCCCACGGACCUGGACGGGGCGCGGCGCAUGAUAGAGGAACACGCCACGCUGAAGAAGAAGGUCAUCAAAGCUCCUAUAGAGGAACUGGAUACGGAGGGACAGAGGUAGGCUAUGCACCACACGUACACGGGCACACACACAUUGACACAGACAUGCGGGCGCACACUCACUCACAAACAGACUGAUAGUGAUGCUACUUUUCCACUGCUGAUGAUGUGUCUGUAUGUUGUUUCACGUUGUGUCCCCUCUGUCUGUGUGUGUCCUCUCCCAGGUUGCUGCAGCGUAUCCAGAGCAGUGAGUCGUACAGGAACUCUAACGCCAGCGGUGUGUGUAACGCUGACUCCCAGGGGCUGGUGCCGCGUGUCGCCACCCUGCUGGACAAACUACACACCACACGUCAACACCUCCACCAGGCCUGGCACAUCAGGAAACUCCAGCUGGACCAGUGCUUCCAGCUACGCCUCUUCGAACAGGACGCUGAGAAGGUAUCAUGGAUGGAUGGAUGGAUGGAUGGUAAAGGAAAAGAAAAGUGCAACAGUUACUAGUACUAGUAUGAUUUUUUGUGUGUGUGAAGUGGGGGUGAAUAGGUCCAGUGUAAUAGACUGAUAAAUAGGGGAUACAAGAUGGAUCGUUUCAGUAAAGUAGACAGAUUGCAGUGUUGGACUGCGGUAAGGGCUUGUUGCUAGGACACCAUAGACAGUAGUUGGCUCUGAAGCCUGUUGGUUUUCUCUUAUGACACUCAGUCCAUCGCUCUUCUCCCUGUGCUUUGUGCAGAUACAUCUACACACACACACACAUACAUUUACAUUUACAUUGUAGUCAUUUAGCAGACACUCUUAUCCAGAGCGACUUACAGUUAGUGAGUGCAUACACACGUGCAAGCAAGUUUUUUUGCGCACUCAUGUUUCUACAUGCACAUGUGCAAGCAUACACACUCAACACAUACAGUACACACAAAGAUACACAAACACACUCUACCAUCUGCAGCUGUUGGCUGCCUGUCAUAUCCCAUCUCUAAUGUGUGUGUGUGUGUGACUUUUCUACAGAUGUUUGAUUGGAUUAUGCACAACAAGGGUCUGUUCCUAGCCGGCUACACAGAGAUCGGCAACAACCACCCUCACGCCAUGGAGCUACAGACGCAACACAACCACUUCGCUAUGAACUGCAUGGUAAGAACACACAGACCACAGUCGACACACGCAAUCACACACACACGCACACACUGAGCAGCGGGCUAUUAGAUAACUAGAAGCUGUGUCCAUACUGGCUUACAUAAUGGUUAUGAAAUUGAUUACUUUAAAGAGGCAAUCUGCAGUUGCUACAGUACAUACAGUGCAUUGGGAAAGUAUUCAGACCCCUUCUCUUUUUCCACAUUUUGUUACAUUACAGCCUUAUUUUAAAAUGGAUUAAAUUAAAAAAAAUCCUCAUCAAUAUACACACUGCCUCAUAAUAACAAAGCAAAAACAGGUUUUUAGAUAUGUUUGCAAAUUUAUUAAAAAUAAAAACACAGAAAUACCUUAUUUACAUAAGUAUUCAGACCCUUUGCUAUGAGACUCGAAAUUGAGCUCAGGUGCAUCCCGUUUCCAUUGAUAAUCCUUGAUGUUUCUACAACUUGAUUGGAGUCCACCUGUGGUAAAUUCAAUUGAUUGGACAUUAUUUGGUAAGGCACACACCUGUCUAUAUAAGGUCCCACAGAUGACAGCGCAUGUCAGAGCAAAAACCAAGCUAUGAGGUCGAAGGAAUUGUCCGUAGAGCUCCGAGACAGGAUUGUGUUGAGGCACAGAUCUGGGAAAGCGUACCAAAAAAUGGCUGCAGCAUUUGAAGGUCCCAAAAAAUGCAGUGGCCUCCAUCAUUCUUAAAAGGAAGAAGUUUGGAUCCACCAAGACUCUUUCUAGAGCUGGCUGCCUGGCCAAACUGAGCAAUCAGGGGAGAAGGGCCUUGGUCAGGGAGGUGACCAAGAACCCGAUGGCCACUCUGACAGAGCUCCAGAGUUCCUCUGUGGAGAUGGGAGAACCUUCCAGAAGGACAACCGUCUCUGCAGCACUCCACCAAUCAGGCCUUUAUGGUAGAGUGGCCAGACGGAAGCCACUCCUCAGUAAAAGGCACAUGACAGCCCGCUUGGAGUUUGCCAAAAGGCACCUAAAGACUCUCAAACAAGAUUUUCUGCUGAUGAAACCAAGAUUGAACUUUUUGGCCUAAUGCCAACCGUCACCUCUGGAGGAAACCUGGCACUAUCCCUACGGUGAAGCAUGGUGGUGGCAGUAUCAUGCUGUGGGGAUGUUUUUCAGCUGCAGGGACUGGGAGACUAGUCAGGAUCGAGGGAAAGAUGAACGGAGCAAAGUACAGAGCGCUCAGGUCCUCCGACUUGGGCCAAGGUUCAUCUUCCAACAGGACAACGACCCUAAGCACACAGCCAAGACAACGCAGGAGUGGCUUCGGGACAAGUCUCUGAAUGUCCUUGAGUGGCCCAGCCAGAGCCCGCACUUGAACCCGAUCGAACAUCUCUGGAGAGACCUGAAAAUAGCUGUGCAGCAACGCUCCCCAUCCAACCUGACAGAGCUUGAGAGGAUCUGCAGAGAGGAAUGGGAAAAACUCCCCAAAUACAGGUGUAACCAAGCUUGUAGCGUCAUACCCAACAAGACUCAAGGCUGUAAUCGCUGCCAACGGUGCUUCAACAAAGUACUGAGUAAAGGGUCUGAAUACUUAUGUAAAUGUGAUAUUUCAGUUUUUUAUAUUUAAUACAUUUGAAAAUAAUUAUACAAACCUGUUUUUGCUUUGUCAUUAUGUGGUAUUGUGUGUAGAUAGACAAAAAAAAAGAAUGUAAUCUAUUUUAGAAUAAGGCUUUAACGUAACAAAAUGUGGAAAAAGUCAAGGGGUCUGAAUACUUUCCAAAUGCACUGUACGUUUUCUGAAUGCCUUGUUAUUGUUUGAACUCUGGAUUGCCCCUUUAAAGCAGGAGAUGAAUCUAAUGUAUUGCCUCAGCUAGAUGAUGACUCUGCAGAUGGAAACUCACUGACAUUUAGCUCUGCACUAAAAUCAAUGCAACCGCUCUCUGUCUCUCUGUGUCUCUCUCUCUCUCUGGUGUGCACACAUACCCUGAAUAGUUCAGAUGCUCUGAGGCUAGGUCAGUCGUGACUCCAUAAGUAGCGAUUACAAAGCUGUCAUCCUUGCAUCACUCAAUCCUUUUAUUUAUUUUUUACCUUCAGAAGAAUCGGUGUGAUCCACUAACAUAGAUUUUAUGUCCUUUACUAGUGAGUCUUUUUUUGUAUGGACUUAGUGCUUACUCCAAUUCUUUUGUUUUUGUCUUGUUGUGAAAUAUCUGUAUGUUUAUUAUCUGAAUAGCAAAAUAAACCAAAUCAAUCUCUUCCUCUCUCUCUCUCUCCCCACCCCGUCCCCCUCUCUCUCCCUCCCCCCUUCCCCCUAUCUCUCCCCCUCUCUCUCCCUCACCCCGUCCCCCACUCUCUCCCUCCGCCUCUCUCUCCUCCCCCUUCCCCUCCCCCCCGCUCUCUCCCCCUCACUCCUCCCUCUCCACCCCCCUCCUCGACCUCCUCUCCCUCACCCCUUCCCCCCUCUCCGCUCCCUUACCCCGUCCCCCCCCCCUCCUCUCUCCUCCCCCCUUCAGUCCCCCUCUCACUCUCCUCCUCACCCGUCCCCUCCUCUCCCUCUCCCCCUCCCUCUCCUCACCCCCGUCCACCCGCUCUCUCCCUCCACCCUUCCUACCCUGUCCCCCACUCUUUCCCUCACCCUCUCAUAUCCAUCACCCCUUCCCCCUCUCUCUCCCUCACCCCGUCCUCCUCGCUCUCCCUCCCCCCUUCCCCACCACGUCCCCCUCUCUCUCUCCCCCCUUCCUCACCCCGUCCCCCUCUCUCCUCCAUCCUCUACAGAAUGUGUAUGUGAACAUCAACAGGAUAAUGUCAGUGGGUAACAGGCUGUUGGAGUCGGGUCACUAUGCCUCGGUGCAGAUUAAACAGAUCUCAGGUCAGCUGGAAGCGGAGUGGAAAGCCUUCGCAGCUGCCCUGGACGAACGUAGCACACUGCUGGAGAUGUCUGCCGCCUUCCACCAGAAAUGUGACCAGGUGGGUGGUGGUGUGAACAUAUACGCAUAUGCAGGAACACACACACACACACACACACACACACACACACACACACACACACACACACACAUACAGAGAAUUGAUUAGUUUGUUUAAUUCCAAAUACAGAAUCUGGGCGGUCCUCUUUCCCAAUAGGAAUAUUCCAUAUGAUUAUUUUCAUGUUCCACAGUUAAAGAAAGAAAAAUGUGCAUUUUCCAGGGAAUUGAACCAUUUCCCAUAGAUACUAGUUCACAAAGCCUCUCUUUGUGUAUUCUGAUUGCUCGAGGGCAGGCACAUGGAGAAUACAUGCAUACGCUCAUACACACAUACACACACAUCCCCUUGUGUGUGUGAUCAGUGUAUGAUGAGGGCGUGCAGUGAGAUUAACCUUUGAUUAGAAUCCUACUGUCUUGGUAUGUUUAAUAUUCCCACAUGAGGCAUCUUUUUUAAUUUUAUUCUUUGCUAUGUUUUCCCUCUAUUGUCCCAAUAAUUUACAGAGAUCUAACCUAGCCAUGUGAAAUCCAGGUCAUCAUGGUAGAAUAAUGCAGCGAAUCUCAGAAUAAUACAGAAUAGAACAAUAUACAGUAUAUACCUUUUAUAGUGUGUGUGUUUUAUGUUGUCUGCAGUGUAUAAAUCGUGUGUGUGUGUGUGUUUAUAUAAUGUAUGUCACAGGAGGUUGGUGGCACCUUAAUUGGGGAGGACGGGCUCAUAGUAAUGGCUGGAACGGAAUUAAUGGAAUGGUAAUCAAACACAUCAAAGACAUGGUUUCCAUUUGUUUGAUACCAUUCCAUUCACUCCAUUCCAGCCAUUAUUUCGAGCCGCCCUCCUCUCAGCAGCCUCCUGUGACGUAUGUAUAAUGUGUGUCGUCUCUCUCUACAGUACAUGAGUAAUGUGGACUCGUGGUGUAAAGCGUGUGGAGAGGUGGAUCUACCCUCGGAGCUCCAGGACCUAGAAGACGCUAUCCACCACCACCAGGGCCUCUACGAACACAUCACUGCUGCCUACUCAGAGGUAAACGGCACUGCUGCAUACCCAGAGGUAACAUACCUGCGUGUGGGUGUGGGUGAGGUGUCACUAGCAAGUUCUAUACCAACACGUGUGUACGUGUGUGUUUGUAUGUAUGUGCUCACGCCUUCCUCCCUCCCCAGGUCAGCCAGGACGGUAAGGCCUUAUUGGAUAAGCUCCAGCGCCCUCUGACCCCGGGGGGAGCUGAUUCGCUGACGGCCUCGGCCAACUACAGUAAGGCGGUGCACCACGUGCUGGAUGUGAUACACGAGGUGCUGCACCACCAGAGACAACUGGAGAAUAUCUGGCAACACCGCAAAGUCCGCCUGCACCAGAGGCUCCAGCUGUGUGUGUUCCAGCAAGACGUACAGCAGGUGUGUACUAGUUCUGUUCCUGUGUGGCUCAGUUGAGAAGAGCCUGGCUCUAGCAACGCCAAGGUCGUGGGUUCAAUACCCGCAGGGAUCACAUAUAGAGCCUUUAGAAAGUUUUCAUACCCCUUGACUUAUUCCACAUUUUGUUGUGUUACAGCCUAAAUUCAAAAUACACACAAUAUCCCAUAAUGACAAAGUGAAAACAUGUUUUUAGAAAACUUUGCAAAUUGAUUGAAAAUGAAAUACACUCAUAUGACUCACACCCCUGAGUCAAUACUUUGUAGAAGCACCAUUAGCAGUGAUUACAGCUGUGAGUCUUUCUGGGUAAGUCUUUAAGACACUCAGGAACAUUCAAUGUCAUCUUGGUAAGCAACUCUAAUGUAUAUUUGGCCUUGUGUUUUAGGUUAUUGUCCUGCUGAAAGGUGAAUUUGUCUCCCAGUGUCUGUUUUAAAGGAGACUGAACCAGGUUUUCUUCUAGGACUUUGCCUGUGCUUAGUGCUAUUCCGUUUCUUUUUAUCUUAAAAAAACACACUAAUCCUUGCUGAUGACAAGCAUGACCAUAACAUGAUGCAGUCACCACCAUGCUUGAAAAUAUGAAGAGUGGUACUCAGUGAUGUGUUGUUGGAUUUGCCCCAAACAUAACGCUUUGUAUUCAGGACAUAAAGUUAAUUUCUUUGCCACAUUUUUAGCAGUUUCACUAAAGUGCCUUAUUGCAAACAGGAUGCAUGUUUUGAAAUAUUUGUAUUCUGUACAGGCUUCCUUCUUUUCACUCUGUAAUUUAGGUUAGUAUUGUGGAGUAACUAACCAUCCUCAGUUUUCUCCUAUCACAGCCAUUAAACUCUGUAACUGUUUUAAAGUCACCAUUGGCCUCAUGGUGAAAUCUCUGAGCGGUUUCAUUUUUUUACAUUUACAUUUUAGUCAUUUUGUCAUUUAGCAGACGCUCUUAUCCAGUGCAUACAUUUUUCAUACUGGUUUCCUUCCUCUCCGGCAACUGAGUUAGGAAGGACGCUUGUAUCUUUGUAGCUCAAUUGGUAGAGCAUGGCGCUUGUAACGCCAGGGUAGUGGGUUCGAUCCCCGGGACCACCCAUACGUAAAAAUGUAUGCACACAUGACUGUAAGUCGCUUUGGAUAAAAGCGUCUGCUAAAUGGCAUAUUAUUAUUAUUAUUAUUAUUAUUAUUAAUUAAUAAUUUCACCAUGCUCAAAGAUAAAUAUACAGUACCAGUCAAAAGUUUGGACACACCUACUCAUUCACAGGUUUUUCUUUAUUUUUACUAUUUUCUACAUUGUAGAAAAAUAGUGAAGACAUCAAAACUAUGAAAUAACACAUAUGGAAUCAUGUAAUAACGAAAAAAGUGUUAAACAAAUCAAAAUAUAUUUUAUAUUUGAGAUUCUUCAAAUAGCCACCCUUUGCCUUGAUGACAGCUUUGCACACUCUUGGCAUUCUCUCAACCAGCUUCAUCUGGAAUGCUUUUCCAAUAGUCUUGAAGGAGUUCCCACAUAUGCUGAGCACUUGUUGGCUGCUUUUCCUUCACUCUGCCGUCUGACUCAUCCCAAACCAUCUCAAUUGGGUUGAGGUCAGGGGAUUGUGGAAGCCAAGUCAUCUGAUACAGCACUCCAUCACUCUCCUUCUUGGUAAAAUAGCCCUUACACAGCCUGGAGGUGUGUUGGGUCAUUGUCCUGUUGAAAAACAAAUGAUAGUCCCACAAAGCCCAAACCAGAUGGGAUGGCGUAUCGCUGCAGAAUGCUGUGGUAGCCAUGCUGGUUAAGUGUGCCUUGAAUUCUAAAUAAAUCACAGACAGUGUCACCAGCAAAGCAACCCCACACCAUAACACCUCCUCCUCCAUGCUUUACGGUGGGAACUACAGAUGCAGAGAUCUUCCGUUCAAACACACAGCGAUUUGAAACAAAAAUGUCCAUUGCUCGUGUUUCUUGGCCAAGCAAGUCUCUUCUUCAUAUUGGUGCCCUUUAGUAGUGGUUUAUUUGCAGCAAUUCAACCAUGAAGGCCUGAUUCACACAGUCUCCUCUGAACAGUUGAUGUUGAGAUGUGUCUGUUACUUGAACUCUGUGAAGCAUUUAUUUGGGCUGCAAUUUCUGAGGCUGGUAACUGUAAUGAACUUAUCCUCUGCAGCAGAGGUAACUGUGGGUCUUCCAUUCCUGUGGCGGUCCUCAUGAGAGCCAGUUUCAUCAUAGCGCUUGAUGGUUUUUGCGACUGCACUUGAAGAAACUUUCAAAGUUCUUGACAUUUUCCGUAUUGACUGACCUUCAUGUCUUAAAGUAAUGAUGGACUGUCGUUUCUCUUUGCUUAUUUGAGCUGUUCUUGCCAUAAUAUGGACUUGGUCUUUUACUAAAUAGGGUUAUCUUCUGUUCUUUUUUUUACUUUACCCAUCUACCAAUAGGUGCUCUUCUUUGUGAGGCAUUGGAAAACCUCCCUGGUCUUUGUGGUUGAAUCUGUGUUUGAAAUUCACUGCUCAACUGAGGGACCUUACAGAUAAUUGUAUGUGUGGGGUACAGAGAUGAGGUAGUCAUUCAAAAAUCAUGUUAAACACUAUUAUUGCGCACAGAGUGAGUCCAUGCAACUUAUUAUGUGACUUGUUCAGCACAUUUUUACUCCUGAAUUGAUUUAGGAUUGCCAUAAGAAAGGGUUUGAAUACUUAAUGACUCAAGACAUUUUCAUUUACAUUUCGAAAAAAAACAUAAUUCCACUUCGACAUUACGGGGUAUUGUGUUUGUAGGCCAGUGAUAAAAACAUCUGAAUUUAACCCAUUUUAAAUUCAGACUGUAACACAACAAAAUGUGGAUAAAGUCAAGGGGUGUGAAUACUUUCUGAAGGCACUGUACAUGAUACACAUACUAGAAAUGUAUGGACACACUCACCGUCGUUGCCAAGGUAACUGUUGCCAUGGUGACACUGCUGGCCAGUAUUCAGAUGAGGGGUAUUCUGCCAAGUGGUAGAGGGAUACAGAAAGAUCUGAGGAGGGAGAGAGCAGGACAAGGAAGGUGUGAAGAGGGAGAAAGAAAGGAGGGUGGGACGGACGGGAGGGUUUUGUUUAUUUUUCGUAGCAGGUUUAGGAGAACUUAAGCAGCAGGUUAGGAGAAUUAACAUAGCAGGUUAGGAAAACAGUUAGGGUUAGCUAAAAUGCAAAAAAAAUGCUUUUGACAUCAAUUUUACAAAAGCUGUAUCCCAUCUAGACAGGACCAGAUGGGAGGGAACUCAUCCUCUCUCAUCUCCCUCUGCCAGGGAUGUAGCUCAGUUGGUAGAGCAUGGCGUUUGCAACGCCAGGGUUGUGGGUUCGAUUCCCACGGGGGGCCAGUUUAAAAAAGAUAAUGUAAGUCGCUCUGGAUAAGAUCGUCUGCUAAAUGGCUAAAACUUAAAAUGUAAAUGUAAAUGCCUACUGACUGGAGUAGUGUGCUGUUCUGUCUAUCAACCCUAGAGCUCCCCUAGUGUUGGACUGGCAGCAUGACACUCCAUUUUUCCUGUGGCCCACAGCCUGAACUUCUAUGCCACUUAGCUAACUGUGCAUGCUUGUGUUUGUGCAGGUUCUGGACUGGAUAGAGAACCAUGGGGAGGCUUUCCUCAGUAAACACACAGGCGUUGGGAAGUCCCUCCAUCGAGCCAGAGCACUACAGAAACGACAUGAGGACUUCGAGGAGGUCGCCCAGGUAGGAUAGAACCCCUCUGCUUUUACCCUUUCUCUCUCUAUCACAUACUCCAUCUAUCUCUAUCUUUUCACUAAAUAUAUCCAGUGAAGUUUCUCUCCUCCUCUCCUCCCUUUCUCUUGUUAACUGUCCUCCCUCUUUCCUUCUCUCCCUCUCUGUCUCUCCCCAUCCUCUCUCUUUCUCUGUGUAAUUGUUCUCUCCCCCAUCCAGAACACCUAUACUAAUGCCGAUAAGCUGCUGGAGGCAGCGGAGCAGCUGGCCCAGACAGGAGAGUGUGAUCCAGAGGAGAUCUACCAGGCAGCCCACCAGCUAGAGGACCGCAUCCAGGACUUUGUUAGGAGGGUGGAGCAACGCAAAGUCCUGCUCGACAUGUCUGUCGCCUUCCACACACACGUCAAAGAGGUACAAAGUGUGUGUGUGUGUGGGGGGGGGGGGGGGGGUUGUGUGAGUGUGCGCGCAUACUCAAGUAGCUCAACAUUAUACUGGAUUGUGUGUAUGUGCGACAUGAUGGAUAGGUGUUUGUGUGUGUGUAUUAACCCUCUCUGUGUCCCUAGCUGUGGACGUGGUUGGAGGAGCUGCAGAAGGAGUUAUUAGAUGAUGUGUAUGCUGAGUCUGUGGAGGCGGUGCAGGACCUGAUCAAACGCUUCAGCCAGCAGCAGCAGACCACCCUGCAGGCCACUGUCAACGUCAUCAAGGAGGGAGAGGACCUCAUCCAGCAGCUCAGGUAGAGAACACACACCCACGGGCUGGGACAAACACACACACACACACACACACACGCACUCACAGGGACAGACGUGCACACACACAAAAUAAAUUGGAAGUAACUGAGCAAAAGAUGAAAGUUUCAGAGAGUGGGCAGAAGGUGAGUAGGAUGGAAGAGACAACAGGAGGAGAGAGAGAACAACAGCCUCCCAUAGCGAACUGGCAGAGGGGAGAGAGAGAACAACAGCCUCUUCCCAUAGCGAACUGGCAGAGGGGAGAGAGAGAACAACAGCCUCUUCCCAUAGCGAACUGGCAGAGGAGAGAGAGAACAGCAGCCUCCUCCCAUAGCGAACUGGCAGAGGAGAGCGAGAACAGCAGCCUCCUCCCAUAGCGAACUGGCAGAGGAGAGCGAGAGAACAACAGCCUCCUCCCAUAGUGAACUGGCAGAGGAGAGAGAGAACAACAGCCUCCUCCCAUAGUGAACUGGCAGAGGGAAGCGAGAGAACAACAGCCUCCUCCCAUAGCGAAAUGGCAGAGGAGAGAGAGAACAGCAGCCUCCUCUCAUAGCGAACUGGCAGAGGGGAGAGAGAGAACAACAGCCUCCUCCCAUAGCGAACUGGCAGAGGGGAGAGAGAGAACAACAGCCUCCUCCCAUAGCGAACUGGCAGAGGAGAGAGAGAGAACAACAGCCUCCUCCCAUAGCGAACUGGCAGAGGGGAGAGAGAACAACAGCCUCCUCCCAUAGUGAACUGGCAGAGGAGAGAGAGAACAACAGCCUCCUCCCAUAGCGAACUGGCAGAGGAGAGAGAGAGAACAACAGCCUCCUCCCAUAGCGAACUGGCAGAGGGGAGAGAGAACAACAGCCUCCUCCCAUAGUGAACUGGCAGAGGAGAGAGAGAACAACAGCCUCCUCCCAUAGCGAACUGGCAGAGGAGAGAGAGAGAACAACAGCCUCCUCCCAUAGCGAACUGGCAGAGGGGAGAGAGAACAACAGCCUCCUCCCAUAGUGAACUGGCAGAGGAGAGAGAGAACAACAGCCUCCUCCCAUAGCGAACUGGCAGAGGGGAGAGAGAAAGGGAAUAGAAAGGAGAGAUGACAAGGAGUAGGAGGUUGACAGUUAGAGAGCUGCGUGUAUUUGACUGCUCUGACCAUGAUUCUGGUUGUAUUUAUAUCAAGUGUGUGGGGUGAAACCUAGCCCUCACAGACACACACACACAAACUGAAGCGAUCUCUCUUUCUCUCUCUCCCUGGUGUAUUCUCUCCUCUGAGUGUUGUUACAUAAUGCUGGUUUCAUAACAGUGUGGCUAAUUGUGUAACAUCUCCCAGGACUCUGCUACAACAUUGUGUGUGUGAGAGAUUAGAGGAGUGUGUGCACGUGUGUGUGUGUGUUAUUAUACAAUGAUUGAAGCAGUGCCAGUGAAAUUACCUCUGCACCGAAUAAUUUUGUGUGUGUGUGUGUACGUUUUCUGCAUUGUGUGUGUGUUCUCUCGUGUCGUAGGGACUCUGCUAUCUCCAGUAACAAGACUCCCCACAACAGCUCUAUCAACCACAUAGAGAGUGUGUUGCUGCAGCUGGAUGAGGCCCAGGCUCAGAUGGAGGAGCUGUUUCAGGAGAGGAAGAUCAAACUAGAACUCUUCCUGCAGCUACGCAUCUUCGAGAGGGACGCCAUUGACGUGAGUGUGUGGAAAGGGUUUCUGUGGCAGAGGUGGUUCUGGUAAAGUACCCUUGUCUAGGCUUUAGCUCAGUGAGCUAACACAGUCUUGAGUCUUCAGAUGACCUGAUUCAUGUCAUACACGUGUGUGUGAUGUAUGUAUCCUCACCUUGAGUGUGUACGUGUGUGUGGUGUGUGUAUCCUCACCUUGAGUGUGUACGUGUGUGUGCAUGCUUUUCCUUAUGUGUGUACUUGUGUGUAUCCACACCUGUCUCUCUGUCUCUCUCUCUCAGAUCUUCUCGGACCUGGAGUUUUAAAUCUCACCUAUCUCUCUCUCUCCCACCCAGAUCAUCUCAGACCUGGAGUCGUGGAACGAGGAGUUGAGUGUUCAGAUGAGUGAGUUUGAUACAGAGGACCUGACCCUGGCAGAACAGAGACUCCAGCACCACGCUGACAAGGCCCUGACCAUGAACAACCUGACCUUUGACGUCAUCCACCAGGGACAGGAGCUACUGCAGUACGUCAAUGAAGUUCAGGCCUCUGGUGAGUAGCAGUACACACAUGUGGACAACAGAGCUUACAUAGUCACAUAUGCAGACACACACACACAGAAAAUGAGCUACUGCAACAGCCUGUUUUGCAGAAGGAGUGGAAUGAAUUUGGCUCUCUCUCCUUGCCUUUCUCCCUCUCUCUCUCCCAUUUACUCCCCCUCUCUCUCCCCCUCUUUCACUCCUUCUCUUCCCCCUCUCUUUUCCCGUCUCUCCCUUUCAAAUCAAAUCAAAUCAAAUCUCUCCCUCCAGGUGUAGAGUUGCUCUGUGACAGAGAUGUGGACAUGGCUACUCGUGUUCAGGACCUGCUGGAGUUUCUCCAUGAGAAGCAGCAGGAGUUGGACGUAGCAGGCGAACAACACAGGAGACACCUGGAGCAGUGUGUACAGCUACGACACCUGCAGGCCGAAGUCAAACAGGUAUACACACACACACACACACACACACACACACACACGCACACAUACUUAGAGCAAUGUAUACAGUGACGACACCGGAACCAUCCAUUGAUAACACAUAAUUUCCUAUUAAAUACCAGUAGAAAUAAUGCCAUUGUAAAUACUAGGUAAGUACCAGUGGAAACAGUACUAAAAUGCUAUCUUUAUAACAUAUAUCCUUGUUCCUGGUCUGUGCAGGUCCUGGGCUGGAUCCGUAAUGGGGAGUCUAUGCUGAAUGCUGGUCUGAUCACAGCCAGUUCUCUACAGGAAGCAGAACAGCUACAGAGAGAACACGAACAGUUCCAGCAUGCCAUCGAGGUGAGCUCAUCACUUCGCGACGCAAACACCAACACACAUCCUUUUUAUAGAUAAUAAUAAGUACACAUAUACAGUGAGGGAAAAAAGUAUUUGAAAUCCUGCUGAUUUUGUACGUUUGCCCACUGACAAAGACAUGAUCAGUCUAUAAUUUUAAUGGUAGGUUUAUUUGAACAGUGAGAGACAGAAUAACAACAAAGAAAUCCAGAAAAACGCAUGUCAAAAUUGUUAUAAAUUGAUUUGCAUUUUAAUGAGGGAAAUAAGUAUUUGACCCCUCUGCAAAACAUGACUUAGUACUUGGUGGCAAAACCCUUGUUGGCAAUCACAGAGGUCACACGUUUCUUGUAGUUGGCCACCAGGUUUGCACACAUCUCAGGAGGGAUUUUGUUCCACUCCUCUUUGCAGAUCUUCUCCAAGUCAUUAAGGUUUCGAGGCUGACAUUUGGCAACUCAAACCUUCAGCUCCCUCCACAGAUUUUCUAUGGGAUUAAGGUCUGGAGACUGGCUAGGCCACUCCAGGACCUUAAUGUGCUUCUUCUUGAGGCACUCCUUUGUUGCCUUGGCCGUGUGUUUUGGGUCAUUGUCAUGCUGGAAUACCCAUCCACAACCCAUUUUCAAUGCCCUGGCUGAGGGAAGGAGGUUCUCACCCAAGAUUUGACAGUACAUGGCCCCGUCCAUCGUCCCUUUGAUGCGGUGAAGUUGUCCUGUCCCCUUAGCAGAAAAACACCCCCUUAGCAUAAUGUUUCCACCUCCAUGUUUGACGGUAGGGAUGGUGUUCUUGGGGUCAUAGGCAGCAUUCCUCCUCCUCCAAACACGGCGAGUUGAGUUGAUGCCAAAGAGCUCAAUUUUGGUCUCAUCUGACCACAACACUUUCACCCAGUUCUCCUCUGCCAAUGAACAUCUGAAUGAUUCAAACUUCAGACGGGCCAGUAUAUGUGCUUUCUUGAGCAGGGGGACCUUGCGGGCGCUGCAGGAUUUCAGCCCUUCACGGCGUAGUGUGUUACCAAUUGUUUUCUUGGUGACUAUGGUCCCAGCUGACUUGAGAUCAUUGACAAGAUCCUCCCAUGUAGUUCUGGGCUGAUUCCUCACCAUUCACCAACUGUUGUCACCUUCUCACCAAGCUGCUUGGCGAUGGUCUUGUAGCCCAUUCCAGCCUUGUGUAGGUCUACAAUCUUGUCCUUGACAUCCUUGGAGAGCUCUUUGGUCUUGGCCAUGGUGGAGAGUUUGGAAUCUGAUUGAUUGAUUGCUUCUGUGGACAGGUGUCUUUUAUACAGGUAACAAGCUGAGAUUAGGAGCACUCCCUUUAAGAGUGUGCUCCUAAUCUCAGCUCGUUACCUGUAUAAAACACACCUGGGAGCCAGAAAUAUUUCUGAUUGAGAGGGGGUCAAAUACUUAUUUCCCUCAUUAAAAUGCAAAUCAAUUUAUAACAUUUUUGACAUGCGUUUUUAUGAAUUAUUUUGUUAUUCUGUCUCUCACUGUUGAAAUAAACCUACCAUUAAAAUUAUAGACGGAUCAUUUCUUUGUCAGUGGGCAAACGUACAAAAUCAGCAGGGGAUCAAAUACUUUUUUCCCUCACUGUAUAUUCUCUCUUUAUAUUUAUUUAUCUCUACAGUAGCUCUGUAUCGCUCUAUCCUUGUUUAACCAGCCUGAUCUCACAAGCUCAUGUUUCACUUAAUCUCUCCCCAUUCCUCUGGCUUUCCCUCUCUUUUCCCCCCCACUCAUUUCUUUAAACAUAUCUGAUAUUCUAUAAUAAAACUCUAUAAUAAGGUGCAACACAAAGCUAUGAUAUUCUAACUCUCUCUCUCUCCCUCUCUCCCUCCUCUCCUCCUUCUAGAAAACCCACCAGAGUGCUCUGCAGGUGCAGCAGAAGGCUGAGGCGUUACUCCAGGCCAACCACUAUGAUAUGGACCUGAUCAGAGACUGUGCUGAGAACGUAGCAUCCCACUGGCAGCAGCUCAUGUUGAAGAUGGAGGACAGGCUGAAACUAGUCAACGCCUCUGUAGCCUUCUACAAGACCUCCGAACAGGUAGGGGGUGCUGUGACUAUUAUAGUUAUUGUUUAUUAUGUAAUGACAGGUAGGGAGCUAGUACUCUAAUAGGUAUUGUAAUUCUGUAAUAACACCAUUAGAUAAAUACCUCUGUAGCCUUCUACAAGACCUCCGAACAGGUAGGGGGCACUAUUGCUCUUGGUAUCCAGUUAGUUUUGCUCUAGUAGAGAUAACUAGCUAGUUACGUUAGUAGCUUAGCUUUAGUUAAGGAGACGGACUGAGCCUGUGCUGUGUCCUGUAGGUGUGCUGGAAAGCCUCCUGGAGCAUCAUGGGAGCUGUGGUGUGUUAUGGGAGCUGUAGUUUUAACCCUGUGUUGUGAUCUGUAGGUGUGCAGUGUGUUGGAGAGCCUGGAGCAGGAGUAUAAGAGGGAAGAGGACUGGUGUGGGGGGGCUGACAAACUGGGUCCUAACUGUGAGUCAGAUCAUGUCACCCCCAUGAUCAGCAAACACCUGGAACAGAAAGAGGCCUUUCUCAAGGUAAGAACAUACACGUACACACACACACACACACACACACACACACACACACACACACACACACAUACACACACACACACAUACAACUAUUACCCAUGUCUCUAAAAUGUGUGUCUUUCCCUAGGCAUGCACCCUGGCCAGACGUAAUGCUGAUGUGUUCCUGAAGUACAUGCACAGGAACAGUGUUAACAUGCCUGGGAUGCUCAGCCAUGUCAAAGCACCGGAACAACAGGUCAAGAGUGAGUAUCACACACACGUACACACACUGUGUGGUAAUUCUACCUUUCACCUAUUCCUAAAUCAACCCCAAAAGAUUUAUAUAUCUAAUCUAAUGUGAUCUCUGUGUUCAUGUUGCGGUCAGACAUCCUGAAUGAGUUGUUGCAGAGAGAGAACCGUGUUCUCCACUUCUGGACCAUGAGGAAACGACGGUUGGACCAGUGCCAGCAAUACGUGGUGUUCGAACGCAGCGCCAAACAGGUACACACACAAUUUACACACACUCUCUCUAGCUCUCUCUAUCUCUCUUUUUGUCUUUCUUACUCAAAGCUCUAACAACAGUUAAAAUGGCUGUUCUCUCUUCCUCCAUUCUCUGUUUCUGUCCUCAUCUGUAUCCUCUGUCUAUCUCUCUACCCCAAUGUCCACCUCAAUGAUCUGUGUGUGUGUCCUCAGGCUCUGGAGUGGAUCCAUGACACCGGAGAGUUCUACCUGUCAACACACACCUCCACUGGCUCCAGUAUCCACCACACACAGGAGCUGCUGAAGGAGCACGAAGACUUCCACAUCACAGCCAGGGUAGAAAGGAUCACAUCUUCACGUCAUAACUUUUUUUAGACCAAACAUUACAGAUUUUAAAUCAACCCCUAUCUCUCUCCCCUCUCUCCUCCUCCCCCGUCUCUCCGCCCUCUCCCUCCAGCAAACCAAAGAGCGUGUGAAGCUGCUGAUCCAGCUAGCGGAUGGCUUCUGUGAUAAAGGCCAUAGUCACGCUGUGGAGAUAAAGAAGUGGGUGACGGCGGUGGACAAACGCUACAGAGACUUCUCACUGCGUAUGGACAAGUACCGGACCAGUCUGGAGAAAGCACUGGGCAUCUCAUCUGACUCUAACUCCAAGGCUGUAAGUCAAGAGGGUGUAGGGGGGUUGGUGGGGGUGGGGACGGUGUGUGCGGGGGGUUGGGUUGGUGGGGUGGGGUGUCCAUAUAAUGGUUGCUGGAAAGCAUUAUGGAAAAAUCAUCUCUGCACACUGAAGAUGGCUUUUAGCAGAAACAUUGGUGAAUGAUGGUCCAUUCCCUAAUAAUAAUAAAAUAACAACGCUCUUUAAAAGUACUGUAUUUUUGGUAAAUCAUGUCUCUCCAACCUUCUCCCUUCCUCCAUCCCUCUCUCUCUGUCAGAGUAAGGAUCUCCAGUUGGACAUAAUUCCAGCCACACCUCAGGGGUCAGAAGUCAAGCUGAGAGACGCGGCUCACGAACUCAACGAGGAGAAACGCAAGUCCGCUCGCAGGAAGGAGUACGUCAUCACUUAACUUUCUGACACCGUAUUAGAUCAGUGACACUCAAAAUUAACCAUAUCCCAAAUCCAAUCAACCAGUCGAUCCUGCCUUGACCUCUUGUCCCCAUUCAUCAUCUCAUAACUAAAACUACUGUAGCAGCACUUCUACUACAGUACACACACGCCCAAAACAGCCACAACUAGACACGACUCUGACACGAUUCAUCCGUGUAAAUGGACAGAGCAGAGGGGCUAAAAGGGUUCUAUUGAUAAUGAUAUAAAUCAGCAAAAGAGGCUAACCGUGUGUGUUUGUGUGUGUGCACGCGUGUGUGUGUGUGUAGGUUCAUCAUGGCUGAGCUGAUCCAGACAGAGAAGACCUAUGUCAGAGACCUGAGGGAGUGUACGGAUGUAAGGAAACCUGCUCUCUCUCUUUCUCUACCCCCUAAUCUAUAGUGGCAUUCUGCUGCCAAUGUCUGGCGCCACCUUGUGGAAUUUUAACACAACACAUGUGGAAAAACAACAUCUGACCAACAUGGAAGACCAAUAACACAACACAUGCACAUAUGAAAUGUAGUGUUGCCGUGUAGAGUUCCAUUAAAUGCAGCAGCUGUGACUUAAUCAAUCUGAUUUAUCUGGACCCUCCAUGUGUGUGAUCUAACCCCCCUUCUCCAUCCUCCUCCCUCCAGACGUACCUGUGGGAGAUGACCAGUGGGGUAGAGGAGAUCCCUCCUGGCAUCGUCAACAAGGAACACAUCAUCUUCGGGAACAUAGUGGACCUCUAUGAGUUCCAUCACAAGUAAGUCACUCUCCCUGAGUCACUCUCCCUGUACAGCCACAACAACCUACAGUGGGAAGAACAAGUAUUUGAUACACUGCCGACUUUGCAGGUUUUCUUACUUACAAAGCAUGUAGAGGUCUGUAAUUUUUAUCAUAGGUACAGUGGGGAAAAAAGUAUUUAGUCAGCCACCAAUUGUGCAAGUUCUCCCACUUAAAAAGAUGUUCAGGUCAGGGUUCAGGUCUGGAGACUGGCUAGGCCACUCCAGGACCUUGAGAUGCUUCUUACGGAGCCACUCCUUAGUUGCCCUGGCUGUGUGUUUCGGGUCAAUGCUCUUACUGAGGGAAGGAGGUUGUUGGCCAAGAUCUCGCGAUACAUGGCCCCAUCCAUCCUCCCCUCAAUACGGUGCAGUCGUCCUGUCCCCUUUGCAGAAAAGCAUCCUCAAAGAAUGAUGUUUCCACCUCCAUGCUUCACGGUUGGAAUGGGUUGGGGUUGUACUCAGCCUUCUUCUUCCUCCAAACACGGCGAGUGGAGUUUAGACCAAAAAGCUCAAUUUUUGUCUCAUCAGACCACAUGACCUUCUCCCAUUUCUCCUCUGGAUCAUCCAGAUGGUCAUUGGCAAACUUCAGAUGGGCCUGGAAAUGCGCUGGCUUGAGCAGGGGGACCUUGCGUGCGCUGCAGGAUUUUAAUCCAUGACUUAGUGUGUUACUAAUGGUUUUCUUUGAGACUGUGGUCCCAGCUCUCUUCAGGUCAUUGACCAGGUCCUGCCGUGUAGUUCUGGGCUGAUCCCUCACCUUCCUCAUGAUCAUUGAUGCCCCACGAGGUGAGAUCUUGCAUGGAGCCCCAGACCGAGGAUGAUUGACCGUCAUCUUGAACUUCUUCCAUUUUCUGAUAAUUGCGCCAACAGUUGUUGCCUUCUCACCAAGCUGCUUGCCUAUUGUCCUGUAGCCCAUCCCAGCCUUGUGAAGGUCUACAAUUUUUUCCCUGAUGUCCUUACACAGCUCUCUGGUCUUGGCCAUUGUGGAGAGGUUGGAGUCUUUUAGAUUCCGUCUCUCACAGUUGAAGUGUACCUAUGAUAAAAAUUACAGACCUCUACAUGCUUUGUAAGUAGGAAAACCUCUAAAAUCGGCAGUGUAUCAAAUACUUGUUCUCCCCACUGUAUUUAUAUGUAUGUAUGUGUAUGUGUAUGUAUGUAUAUAUGUAUGUGUAUAUAUAUAUAUAUAUAUAUAUAUAUAUAUAUAUAUAUAUAUAUAUAUAUAUAUAUACAUAUAUACACAUAUAUAUACAUAUUUAAAUAAAUAUACAUAUAAAUACAGUGGGGAGAACAAGUAUUUGAUACACUGCCGAUUUUGCAGGUUUUCCUACUUACAAAGCAUGUAGAGGUCUGUAAUUUUCAUCAUAGGUACACGUCAACUAUGACAGACAAAAUGAGGAAAAAAAAUCCAGAAAAUCACAUUGUAGGAUUUUUUAUGAAUUUAUUUGCAAAUUAUGGUGGAAAAUAAGUAUUUGGUCAAUAACAAAAGUUUCUCAAUACUUUGUUAUAUACCCUUUGUUGGCAAUGACACAGGUCAAACAUUUUCUGUAAGUUUUCACAAGGUUUUCACACACUGCUGCUGGUAUUUUGGCCCAUUCCUCCAUGCAGAUCUCCUCUAGAGCAGUGAUGUUUUGGGGCUGUCGCUGGGCAACACGGACUUUCAACUCCCUCCAAAGAUUUUCGAUGGGGUUGAGAUCUGGAGACUGGCUAGGCCACUCCAGGACCUUGAAAUGCUUCUUACGAAGCCACUCCUUCGUUGCCCGGGCGGUGUGUUUGGGAUCAUUGUCAUGCUGAAAGACCUAGCCACGUUUCAUCUUCAAUGCCCUUGCUGAUGGAAGGAGGUUUUAACUCAAAAUCUCACGAUACAUGGCCCCAUUCAUUCUUUCCUUUACACGGAUCAGUCAUCCUGGUCCCUUUGCAGAAAAACAGCCCCAAAGCAUGAUGUUUCCACCCCCAUGCUUCACAUUAGGUAUGGUGUGCUUUGGAUGCAACUCAGCAUUCUUUGUCCUCCAAACACGACCAGUUGAGUUUUUACCAAAAAGUUCUAUUUUGGUUUCAUCUGACCAUAUGACAUUCUCCCAAUCCUCUUCUGGAUCAUCCAAAUGCACUCUAGCAAACUUCAGACGGGCCUGGACAUGUACUGGCUUAAGCAGGGGGACACGUCUAGCACUGCAGGAUUUGAGUCCCUGGCGGCGUAGUGUGUUACUGAUGGUAAGCUUUGUUACUUUGGUCCCAGCUCUCUGCAGGUCAUUCACUAGGUCCCCCCGUGUGAUUCUGGGAUCUUUGCUCACCGUUCUUGUGAUCAUUUUGACCCCACGGGGUGAGAUCUCGCGUGGAGCCCCAGAUCGAGGGAGAUUAUCAGUGGUCUUGUAUGUCUUCCAUUUCCUAAUAAUUGCUCCCACAGUUGAUUUCUUCAAACCAAGCUGCUUACCUAUUGCAGAUUCAGUCUUCCCAGCCUGGUGCAGGUCUACAAUUUUGUUUCUGGUGUCCUUUGACAGCUCUUUGGUCUUGGCCAUAGUGGAGUUUGGAGUGUGACUGUUUGAGGUUGUGGACAGGUGUCUUUUAUACUGAUAACAAGUUCAAACAGGUGCCAUUAAUACAGGUAACGAGUGGAGGACAGAGGAGCCUCUUAAAGAAGAAGUUACAGGUCUGUGAGAGCCAGAAAUCUUGCUUGUUUGUAGGUGACCAAAUACUUAUUUUCCACCAUAAUUUGCAAAUAAAUUCAUUAAAAAUCCUACAAUGUGAUUUUCUGGAUUUUUUCCCCUCAAUUUGUCUGUCAUAGUUGAUGUGUACCUAUGAUGCAAAUUACAGGCCUCUCUCAUCUUUUUAAGUGGGAGAACUUGCACAAUUGGUGUCUGACUAAAUACUUUUUUUCCCCCACUGUACACUUCAACUGUGAGAGACGGAAUCUAAAACAAAAAUCCAGAAAAUCACAUUGUAUGAUUUUUAAGUAAUUAAUUUGCAUUUUAUUGCAUGACAUAAGUAUUUGAUACAUCAGAAAAGCAGAACUUAAUAUUUGGUACAGAAACCUUUGUUUGCAAUUACAGUGAUCAUACGUUUCCUGUAGGUCUUGACCAGGUUUGCACACACUGCAGCAGGGAUUUUGGCCCACUCCUCCAUACAGACCUUCUCCAGAUCCUUCAGGUUUCGGGGCUGUCGCUGGGCAAUACGGACUUUCAGCUCCCUCCAUAGAUUUUCUAUUGGGUUCAGGUCUGGAGACUGGCUAGGCCACUCCAGGACCUUGAGAUGCUUCUUACGGAGCCACUCCUUAGUUGCCCUGGCUGUGUGUUUCGGGUCGUUGUCAUGCUGGAAGAUCCAGCCACGACCCAUCUUCAGUGCUCUUACUGAGGGAAGGAGGUUGUUGGCCAAGAUCUCGCGAUACAUGGCCCCAUCUAUCCUCCCCUCAAUACGGUGCAGUCGUCCUGUCCCCUUUGCAGAAAAGCAUCCCCAAAGAAUGAUGUUUCCACCUCCAUGCUUCACUGUUGGGAUGGUGUUCUUGGGGUUGUACUCAUCCUUCUUUUUCCUCCAAACACGGCGAGUGGAGUUUAGACCAAAAAGCUCUAUUUUUGUCUCAUCAGACCACAUGACCUUCUCCCAUUCCUCCUCUGGAUCAUCCAGAUGGUCAUUGGCAAACUUCAGACGGGCCUGGACAUGCGCUGGCUUGAGCAGGGGGACCUUGCGUGCGCUGCAGGAUUUUAAUCCAUGACGGUUUAGUGUGUUACUAAUGGUUUUCUUUGAGACUGUGGUCCCAGCUCUCUACAGGUCAUUGACCAGGUCCUGCCGUGUAGUUCUGGGCUGAUCCCUCACCUUCCUCAUGAUCAUUGAUGCCCCACGAGGUGAGAUCUUGCAUGGAGCCCCAGACCGAGGGUGAUUGACCGUCAUCUUGAACUUCUUCAAUUUUCUAAUAAUUGUGCCAACAGUUGUUGCCUUCUCACCAAGCUGCUUGCCUAUUGUCCUGUAGCACAUCCCAGCCUUGUGCAGGUCUACAAUUGUAACCCUGAUGUCCUUACACAGCUCUCUGGUCUUGGCCAUUGUGGAGAGGUUGGAGUCUGUUUGAUUGAGUGUGUGGACAGGUGUCAUUUAUACAGGUAACGAGUUCAAACAGGUGCAGUUAAUACAGGUAAUGAGUGGAGAACAGGAGGGCUUCUUAAAGAAAAACUAACAGGUCUGUGAGAGCCGGAAUUCUUACUGGUUGGUAGGUGAUCAAAUACGUAUGUCAUGCAAUAAAAUGCAAAUUAAUUACUUAAAAAUCAUACAAUGUGAUUUUCUGGAUUUUUGUUUUAGAUUCCGCCUCUCACAGUUGAAGUGUACCUAUGAUAAAAAUUACAGACCUCUACAUGCUUUGUAAGUAGGAAAACCUGCAAAAUCGGCAGUGUAUCAAAUACCUGUUCUCCCCACUGUAUAUCCACUAUAAAAUAAAGCAAUUUGUUUCUUAAGUUAACUUCCUGGUUAAUUUCCAGUGCUGAAGCUAUGUAUACAAACAGGAGUUAUUCUCUGGUUUAAUGGUGUUUGCUCACAUCCUCCCUUUCUCUCUCUUCCUCCCUCUCUCCUCCCUCCCUCAUCCCUCUCCUCUCCUUUUUCAUCAGUAUCUUCCUCAAAGAGCUGGAGAAGUAUGAACAGCUACCAGAAGAUGUGGGCCACUGCUUCGUCACCUGGGUGAGUGAGUGUGUGUCUGUUCUGGUCUUUCUCAAGACAAGUGAGUUGGUUCAUAAAAUGGCCGAAUGUAGGUUUGUGAUGUUCCUUGACAUCUGUGAAAUAGAGAGAGAAAGAUUUCUUAGGAUAGGUACAAAUAAUGAUUUCUUAGAACAGGUAUAAAGAAUUGUCUUUAAUAUCUCUACUUCUAAAUUGUGAUUGGUCAAAAAGGAGUAGCUAUAUUGGUUUUGACUCUUAGUUGUGUAUCUGUGUGUCCAGGCUGAUAAGUUCCAGAUGUACGUCAACUACUGUAAGAACAAACCAGACUCCACCCAGCUCAUCCUAGAGCACGCUGGACCCUACUUUGACGUGAGUAUCCUGCCCUCCUAUUGGCCCAUACUGUGACUGACAGCUCCCUGCACCCAAUCACAGCUCUGUGUUUCUCUGUGUGGGCGUGUACAGGAGAUCCAGCAGAGGCACCGAUUGGCCAACUCCAUCUCCUCCUACCUGAUCAAGCCCGUUCAGCGAAUCACCAAGUACCAGCUCCUGCUCAAGGUAACCAUAGCAACCCACUUUUAUAAAGCACAUACACAAUCUCUACAAAUGUUUGUUUAUAUUUGCUUAUGUUUACAUUGUGAUAAGCAGGAAUGUAGGGACAUACCUUUUUAUUUGGUGAGUAGCUUUUAUGCACCCAUCACGCUAGUUAGCAUCAGCGUUUACGUUACUUGCAGUCUCGACCGGCGUUCAUCUUUUUGUUCACCAGUACAUCCCAGGUUAUGGGUAAUUGAGGACCCCCUAAUGGGCUUAUUAUCAUUCACACAAAAUAUGACGUAUUUGCUUUCAAAGGGUAUUUGUUGAUGGUACCUCUCUGGUGUGUUUAGGAGCUGCUGACGUGCUGUGAGGAGGGGAAAGGAGAGAUCAAGGAUGGACUGGAGGUCAUGCUCAGUGUCCCCAAGAGAGCCAACGAUGCCAUGCACCUCUCAAUGCUGGAGGGUGAGACACACACACACUCAAAGUCAACGAUGCUUAUGCACAUACACAUGGUGAAGGAACUCUUUCUUUAACACUCUUUUCUUCUCCCUCCCUCCCCGUCUCCUGUAGGUUUCGAUGAGAACAUUGAGUCUCAGGGAGAGUUAAUCCUGCAGGAGUCCUUCCAGGUGUGGGAUCCUAAAACUCUGAUCCGUAAGGGACGCGAGCGUCACCUCUUCCUCUUCGAGAUGUCCCUCAUCUUCAGCAAGGAGGUCAAAGACUCCAACGGACGGAGCAAGUACAUGUACAAGAGCAAACUCUACGUGAGUACAACUCUCUCUUGUCUCUCUCUCUUUUCUGUUUUAGUUGUUCUCCUUGUCUGUGUCUCUCUCUCUCUUUGUCUUUCUUUCUCUUUAGUUGUCUCUAUCUCUCUCUGUUUCUGGUGUGUCAUUGGCUAGAAAUACAGAUACGUAUUACAUAUUGCCAAAGGAAUUCAUAUAAAAUGGCAGUAAUACCUCUCCCUCUCUCCAGACGUCAGAGUUGGGGGUAACAGAGCACGUUGAGGGAGACCCCUGUAAGUUUGCUCUGUGGGUGGGACGCACCCCCACCUCCGACAACAAGAUCGUACUCAAGGUAAGAACAUAGGAGAAUACCUCACAUCCCUCUCUCCUUUCUCUCUCCUCUCCCCUCUGCCGUAUUACUCUUGCCCCCUCUCCUCCUUUCUUUAACUUCCCUCUCCUCAUCUUCUCUUUUCCUUCUCUUCUCCUCCCCCCUUUCCCUCUUUCUCUUCCCUGGUUGAUUGCAUGACUUUAUGGUGCUGCCUGAUGGAUGUGAAGCUUCGUAUGAGCCUUCGUAUGUGCUUCUCUGUUUCUUGUUUCUCUCUGUAUUUCUAUCUCUCUCUCUGUAUUUCUCUCUCUCUCUCUCUCUGUGUAUUUAUCUCUCUCUCUCUCUCUGUAUUUAUCUCUCUCUCUGUAUUUCUCUCUCUCUCUCUCUCGCUCUGUAUUUCUCUCUCUCUCUACAUCUGUUACUUGGGUCUAUUUAUCUCUCUGUUCUGUCUAAUGACUGUUCUAUCAUACAGUCUAGUCUAGUACAGUACAUCUGCGUCUUGGGCUGUUUUGUUUAUGUUUGUAUCUCUGAAUAAUAACUGUUUGUUCGCUAACCAACCGUGGGCUAACAUGCUUACGCCAACACCACUGACAUGAACUUUAACCCCUAAACUCCAACUAUUCUUCAAACUCCCACAUGCUCCCAAUACAUUCUACAUCCUCUGUAUGAAGUAGAGGCCUAUACAUUUUUCUCGUCUAGAAAAAUGGAUCUCUUCUUGUUUUAUGAUUUGGCACCUCACGUGUUGACCCUCUUUCUCUCAUUUUCCUUCUCUCUCUCUCUCUCUCCCUAUCUUUCUUCCAUCUUCCUUUCUCUCUCUAUCUCUCUCUUUUUUUCUCUCCUUACCAAACCAAACAUCUUCCUUUUUUUAACACCCACCUCCAAAGCUAGUUUUAAUAUUGAAGCUUCUUGUUUGUGCCAGUGGUUGGAAAAGCAUGUUGCCCUACUCCCAACCCGAUGACUCUGUCUGACACAAUAUAUUGACUCUGUUUUUAUUCUACUCAUCUACCUGUGCUGCCCAUAUUAACCACCUAACUAACUGGCCACCACCAAAAUACUGUAACUGUUUUCCGUCCAUCAUCUCGAGACAUUCUGUCCUCAUAGAAAAUGUAAUAUAAAUUAACUAAAAACAAACAAGUGAAAUUCUCUAUUCUAUAUUUGAACCAAAGCCAAGUCAGGGAUGCAAACAUGGAUCAAUGGUGAGUAAAACUGUACUAACUAGCCUAACACCUAACACAGCCCUCGGCUGCAUCUCAAUACUCUACUGUGGCCUUCUCUCUGUCUCCUCUCCUCUCCUUUUUCUGUGUUUCAAUAUCCACACUAGCUUACUACUUAGAAUGAAGCCAUGUAACACAUAUGCAUUCUAAGUGGUAUGCUAUUGUGGGCAUUGGAAUAUAACCGUUUCUUCUCCAGUGGGGGUCUAUGAAACUGUUUAGACAAAAAUAAGACUUCAGAGAGCAAGGUGAUUGGGUGAAUUAACCUUAGACCCCUCCUCCCUGGGCUAAUGGCAGGCGUCGAGCAUUGAGAACAAGCAGGACUGGAUCAAACACAUCAGGGAGGUGAUUCAGGAACGAACCAUCCACCUGAGAGGAGCUCUGAAGGAACCUAUACACAUCCCUAAGUCUGCCUCCACCAAGCAUCACAAGGGACACCGCAGGUACAGGUACACAAGUUCAUAAGUGGUCCUCUGUAGCUCAAUUGGUAGAGCAUGGCACUUGUAACGCCAGGGUAAUAAUAAUAAUAAUAAUAAUAUAAUAUGCCAUUUAGCAGACGCUUUUAUCCAAAGCGACUUAGUCAUGUGCGCAUACAUUUUUACAUAUGGGUGGUCACGGGGAUCGAACCCACUACCCUGGUGUUACAAGCGCCAUGCUCUACCAAUUGAGCUACAGAGUUCGAUCCCCGGGACCACCCAUCCCCGGGACCACCCAUACGUAAAAAUGUAUGCACACAUGACUGUAAGUCGCUUUGGAUAAAAGCGUCUGCUAAAUGGCAUAUUAUUAUUAUAUUAUUAUACACACCUACACACACACACACUCAUAUGCAUGUAUACACACACACACACUUACACAUUGUGUUUGGUCUUUGAUAGGGAUGGAGAGGACUUGGACAGCCAGGGUGACGGCAGCAGCCAACCAGACACCAUCUCUAUCGCCUCACGCACCUCACAGAACACACUGGACAGUGACAAGGUGAGCACACACUCUCUGGCCUCACAGAACAUAGACAGGUGAGAACAGCACACAGUAUUUCUAAAAUUACGUUUUAUCAUGAAGAGAAGGCUUCAGUUGAAAAGGACCUGAGGACUUUCUUGCCUGCUUUAACCUCCUAGGGGAAGGAUGUAAUAAUGAUUCUACAUUCCUCCUGACCAUCUAUCUCCUCUCCUCCAGCUGUCCGGUGGCUGUGAGCUGACUGUGGUGAUCCAUGACUUCAUGGCUGGUAACAGCAACGAGCUGACCGUCCGGAGGGGCCAGACUGUAGAGGUCCUGGAGAGGUGCCAUGACAAGCCUGACUGGUGUCUGGUGCGGACCACGGACCGCUCCCCUGCCCACGAGGGACUGGUACCCUGCACCAUGCUCUGCAUCGCCCACUCACGCUCCUCCAUGGAGAUGGAGGGGAUAUUCAACCAUAAAGGUGGGUUAGGAGAUCUGUAGUAGGGGGUAGCGUCUUUGAGUUUCAGAAAAGCGCUAUAUUAUGGAUUAUCUUUCGAUGUGUUAUGGGUGUAUUCAAGCCCUUUUGCGUCUUUGAUAACCUCUCUUUUGCUCUCCGUCCUCCCCCUCCUCCCUCUCUCCCCAUCCAGACACUCUGUCAGUGUGUAGUAAUGACUCCAUCAUGCCAGGCUCCUCUGCCACACUGCAGCCUGGGCAUCACAGCAUGGGCUCACACACCUCGCCCGGGCCUAAACGGCCAGGUAAACACACACACACACACACCUCACCAACUUUUUGCAAUGGGAUUGAACAAACAGUUCUAAAUUCAAAGUGGUUGAAAAGGAGAAGGUGUUUGUUUGUGCGUGCCUAGAUGUCAGUGUUAACAUUCUCCAUCCCCUUGUCCCAGGUAACACCCUGCGGAAGUGGCUGACCAGCCCAGUGCGUCGUCUGAGCAGUGGCAAGGCAGACGGGCACGUGAAGAAGCUGGCACACAAACACAAGAAGGUGAGGAAGAGUGGUGAGAUGACGGGCAGCGCCCAGAAAGACUCUGACGACAGCGCCGCUACACCCCAGGACGAGACUGUGGAGGAGGUAAGGGGGAGACCUCAAAGUCAGUGUCUUCUGUGUGUCUGUCUUCUCUUUCUCUCUAACCUCUCCUCCAACCUCUCCUCUCUCUUUCUGUCUCUCUGUCUCUCUCGGUCUCUUUCAUUCUAUCUAUCUCUUCCUCUCUCUCUCUCUCUCCCUCUCUAACCUCUCCUCUCUUCUCUCUCUCCUCUACAGAGAGUGCGUAACGAGGGUCUCUCUAGCGGGACCCUGUCCAAGUCCUCGUCCUCUGGGAUGCAGAGCUGUGGAGAGGAGGAGGGCGAGGAGGGGGCCGACUCUGUACCCCUACCACCCCCCAUGGCCAUCCAGCAACACAGCCUACUGCAGCCUGACGCACAGGACGACAAGGUAACGGUUAGGGGAGAGGGGAGUUGGAGAAUAGGGUUACAGUCAGCCUGACUCUCAGGAGGGAGGGGUGGGGGGGCGGGGGGAAGAAAAGACAGCCGAGGCCAACUGGUACACGCAUCAAAAAUGACAGAUAGGCCUAUAACCAGUAACAGUCAUAAACUACCCCCAUUUAAACUACCCCUCAUUUGAGAAAGAAGACUGAUAAUAAUAUUUUAUUAAUCAAAUGUUUUUUGUUGAUAGAAACAGUAAUAUUUUUGCCCUUGAGCAAGGCACUUAACCCUAAUUGCUCCUGUAAGUCGCUCUGGAUAAGAGUGUCUGCUAAAUUACUAAAAUGUAAAUCUAAGAUCCCCCACACAGCAAACUCAUCCUUUCUGUUACGGUUUCUCUCUCCUAUGAUUUAGUCAUGAGUUUGAUUAUUUUGUUAUUAUAUUCUACAGACAAACAUUUUAGUUAGUUUUCUUAUCAAGUCCUUCUUAGCAGGGCCCAUAAUUCACAAAACGUCUGAGUAAGAGUACUGAUCUAGGAUUGGGUCCCGCCUCUUAUUCAUUAUGAUGAAAGGCAGAUCCUACUCUGAGACACUUUGUGAAUACAGGCCUAGAUGACAAUACAUUAUGAAACAUUGAGGCUGCUAUUCAAAUAGAAAUGCAUCAGUUACUGUAGCUGUCAUGGAUUCACCUUUUCUUGGCACAGCAGCGUUUUUCUCUGACACUAAUUUGUGUUUCUCUUUUGUUUGUUUUGUUUCCGACUGUAUCGUUGGUUGGCUGUCUGUUUACUGUUUGCCAUACUGUAGCAUUAUCUUGAUUUAUGUCCAGUCUUUGCUUUGUCUCAGUUUCCAUACCUCUCCAUCUCCUGAAACAAUCCUUCCAUCUCUCUUUCCCUCCUUUUCUCUUCCCUUGAUACUUCAGUUCUCUCUCUCUCUCUCUCUCUCUCUCUCUCUCUCUCUCUCUCUCUCUCCCUCUCUCUCUCUCUCCCCCACACUAUCGGUAACUGUACUAUAGACGUAGUUGCUGUUUUUCUUUCAGUUUUUCUUAUGAAAGUUAGUUGAAGGACAACAGAUGUAGAAUUUUUACAUCCAUUCCUGUCUUUCUAGGUUUCUCUCUGAGGCAAAGGACACUCUUCCAAACGUCUCUCUCAAGAGCUCUUUUAUUCUGCCUACCUUACUCUCUGCUCUCUGUCUCUCUUCUACAGCCAAAUUGGUCUCUCUCUCCUCUUAGUGUCUGCAGUGCUUUAUUCAACUAUAGAAUUACUCCCCCUCUCCAUAUUUCUUUUUAGUUUUGAUUAUUUUCAAUUUUUCAUCAUCAGCCUGGUUCCUUCAAUAUAUGGCUUUCACCAAACUAGUCUAAGUUUUAUUAAUCAUUUUACAUUUUUUAAAAGUAUUUAUCUGCCUCGUUGCCUGGUAACACCUCCGUUCAUUGCAUGAUUGCACCCUCAGAAUAACUCGGAGGCACUUGCAGAACAGAGUAGCUAGAAGUCUCUAGAGGCUGAUGGAAGGUCCCCUAUUCCGGAUCGAAUUGGUGCAAAUUGAUCCUAGAUCUGUACCUAAGUGGAACAACUUGCGACAAACCGAUGACUCAGAUCCCCCUCACUCCCUCCUCCUCACCCCUCCUCACCCGUCCUCACCCCUCCCCUGUGUGCGUUAACCCCAUUGCACCAUGUGAUUAAUUGGCACCUACUGUAAGCCCUGGCGCGGCCAGAGGGUACACCCCAACACCCCACCCCACCACACACAGACCCUUAGUGGGGCACAGCACAGUCUGGAGACAGCACAGCAAGGGUGAGACUCUCCCAUACACUUGACUGUACCUCCUUUCUUUUUCAAUGUCCUGUUGCAGUUUACAGUUCAUAUUUAACUCAUCUUACAUCUUUAUUUUUUAUUCUCUGAUAUCAUACACUUAACAUCUCUUUUCUUUUUAAAUGUCCAGUUCAUUUAUAAUUUAUACACUUUUUCAAUUCCCUUAUUAUUGAGAGUUCAUAUCUCAUACACUUUAUCUCUUUUUUACAACUCGUAACAUUAAGCUCUCAUUUACAAUCUCCUACACUUUCUUUACUCUUUCUUUUUGUGAAGCUUUUAUUUUCUUUCUCACUUACACACCUGUGUAACCUCUUACCUUCUCUUGCUUUUCAAUGUUAUAGAUUUUACCUCAUUCUUAUGAGACUCAUUGCAGACUGUUUUCCUUUUAUCACUUGAAGCACUUUGUUUUAGCGAUCAUAGAUUCACUUUACCCUUCUUUCCUUAAACUUCAUAUUAGAACUCUUUAUUUUUCUGGUCAACAUUGGAUCAUUCAUUGAGAGCAGAGGAUCAAAAUGCAACCCUAACACUAACAUUGUGAAGGUAGACUAAGCAAGAUGACGUCAUUGUAAACAAACCAACAUCCGACUUACAGACAUCAGCAACAUACAGGUUGCAGGCUGCAUUUUUACCCGUCAUUCAAUGUACUGUAUGCCUCAGGAAUAUUUUGGGAUCUAUCCAGAAAAAAAACACAGUUAUUUUACAUUUUCUUUUCAGUAGUUUUGGGUCUGUCUCUCCAGAUUAAAUGUACACUGCUCAAAAAAAUAAAGGGAACAUUUAAACAACACAUCCUUGAUCUGAAUGAAUGAAAUAAUCUUAUUAAAUACUUUUUUCUUUACAUAGUUGAAUGUGCUGACAACAAAAUCACACAACAAUUAUCAAUGGAAAUCAAAUUUAUCAACCCAUGGAGGUCUGGAUUUGGAGUCACCCUCAAAAUAAAAGUGGAAAACCACACUACAGGCUGAUCCAACUUUGAUGUAAUGUCCUUAAAACAAGUCAAAAUGAGGCUCAGUAGUGUGUGUGGCCUCCACAUGCCUGUAUGACCUCCCUACAACGCCUGGGCAUGCUCCUGAUGAGGUGGCGGAUGGUCUCCUGAGGGAUCUCCUCCCAGACCUGGACUAAAGCAUCCGCCAACUCCUGGACAGUCUGUGGUGCAACGUGGCGUUGGUGGAUGGAGCGAAACAUGAUGUCCCAGAUGUGCUCAAUUGGAUUCAGGUCUGGGGAACGGGCGGGCCAGUCCAUAGCAUCAAUGCCUUCCUCUUGCAGGAACUGCUGACACACUCCAGCCACAUGAGGUCUAGCAUUGUCUCGCAUUAGGAGGAACCCAGGGCCAACCGCACCAGCAUAUGGUCUCACAAGGGGUCUGAGGAUCUCAUCUCGGUACCUAAUGGCAGUCAGGCUACCUCUGGCGAGCACAUGGAGGGCUGUGCGGCCCCCCAAAGAAAUGCCACCCCACACCAUGACUGACCCACCGCCAAACCGGUCAUGCUGGAGGAUGUUGCAGGCAGCAGAACGUUCUCCACGGCGUCUCCAGACUCUGUCACGUCUGUCACAUGUGCUCAGUGUGAACCUGCUUUCAUCUGUGAAGAGCACAGGGCGCCAGUGGCGAAUUUGCCAAUCUUGGUGUUCUCUGGCAAAUGCCAAACGUCCUGCACGGUGUUGGACUGUAAGCACAACCCCCACCUGUGGACGUCGGGCCCUCAUACCACCCUCAUGGAGUCUGUUUCUGACCGUUUGAGCAGACACAUGCACAUUUGUGGCCUGCUGGAAGUCAUUUUGCAGGGCUCUGGCAGUGCUCCUCCUGCUCCUCCUUGCACAAAGGUGGAGGUAGCGGUCCUGCUGCUGGGUUGUUGCCCUCCUACGGCCUCCUCCACGUCUCCUAAUGUACUGGCCUGUGUCCUGGUAGCUCCUCCAUGCUCUGGACACUACGCUGACAGACACAGUAAACCUUCUUGCCACAACUCGCAUUGAUGUGCCAUCCUGGAUGAGCUGCUCUACCUGGGCCACUUGUGUGGGUUGUAGACUCCGUCUCAUGCUACUACUAGAGUGAAAGCACCGCCAGCAUUCAAAAGUGACCAAAACAUCAGCCAAGAAGCAUAGGAACUGAGAAGUGGUCUGUGGUCACCACCUGCAGAACCACUUCUUUAUUGGGGGUGUCUUGCUAAUUGCCUAUAAUUUCCACCUGUUGUCUAUUCCAUUUGCACAACAGCAUGUGAAAUGUAUUGUCAAUCAGUGUUGCUUCCUAAGUGGACAGUUUGAUUUCACAGAAGUGUGAUUGACUUGGAGUUACAUUGUGUUGUUUAAGUGUUCCCUUUAUUUUUUUGAGCAGUGUAUUAAUUUUCUCUCUUGAAAGGGUGUUCUACAAGGGAGGGUUCAAAUUAGGAAGAAUCAAUAAUGUUAGUCUUGCCAGAUUUUGGUUUCUUGGUUGAUUGAAAGAUUUGUUUAUUGACAACUUUAAAGUUUUAUUGAUUGUUUGAUGGAUAACUGAACAGGAACAGUAUUAAAUGUAGCCUUUAGCCAGAUCAUGUAGUAAGACUACGCUGAGGGGAAUGUUCUAAACCCCCCCCCCCCCCCCCAUCUCUGUCCAGAGCUCCUCCCGUCUCUCCGUCCGACCGUCCAGUUCUGAGACACCCAGUGCUGCGGAGCUGGUGAGCGCCAUCGAGGAACUGGUCAAGAGCAAGAUGGUGAGGACUAGGGCUGUGGUGGUCAUGAAAUCUUGUCGGCCGGUUAAUGUCAUGCAAAAGCCUGCCGGUCUCACGGUAAUUGUCCAUAAUUAACAUAAGCACAUUUAGCAUCUCCAGGCCUCCACGCUUGCAAGCCGCAUACCAGCUGCGGAUGCGCCUUUGUAACAUCUAUAUUUUAAAAAGUCUAAUAAAUCAAUUUAAUAUACACAAUCACAAUAUAUCCAUUAUUUAUUUUAGACAGGUCUAAAGAAACAAUAUGAAAUGAAGAAAAUGUAUUUCAGAAGAACAGAAUAUGAGUUGGCCUACUGUAUGUUAUCUGGAUAUGCUCCAUGCCAUAGGCUGUAGGCUUGUUCAUUUAGCAGACAAGACAUGUGUAUAAGUCCCGUGCCAUUAUUAUAUAUUAUAUGAUUUUAUAGUAAGAAGAAUAUAAUCAAACUUAGCUGAAUAAAAUAGAAAAUAUAUUUUUCCCAUUCUAGAGUGAGUGUGGGCGCAUAUGAAGUGGCUAUGUUGAGCAUAAAAGUGAUCAUUUGAAACAGGUCCUAUUUAGAGUUAUUUGGCAACUUUAGUUGUGAAUGAUACAAACCUUAGAAUGUCUUAGAAAUCAAAACAUAUAUGGGCUGCAUGGUGCGACUAUAGCCUAUUGAUGAUUUGAGAAAGUUGCAAAAAAAGGCUUGCGCUCUGUUCCUUGCCUCAAGCUGCGCACGCUGUUCUCUCAUCAAGAGAUCAUAUAUUCACCCAUCAGACUAUUCUCAGUUUAAUCUUGUCUUUACUAAUAUGUAAAAUUAGUUUAGAUUUAGAAUGGCCCGUUAUCAAAUGGGUAGGAACAAGGGCAGGGGAAAAAAGACGUCAUCUUUCCCGACAGUCUGUUUUUCUCAUUCAUGCUGGGUAGGCUACUCCGGUUAUUUCACUCCACACAUCAACCGCUGUUUGAGGAGCAUGCAGCCUAUUCACUGCGCAACAGGUGAAAUUAUGCCCAAACUCUGUAUGCAAUGGGCUCUCAACCCUGUUCCUGCAGCUACCCAGUGCUUAAUCUGGGAAACCAAGUGAAAUCUGUUCGGGAACAUCGAUAUUUCAUUAAACUGUUGACAGCCCCUCUUUCUGCGUGCUUGAGAAAGGAAUGAAGGAGAGAGGGGCGGAGAUGGAAACGCAUGGUGCUGAGAUAUACUGUAGCUAAAGGUAAUGUGCCAGCCCAUUAAUUAUGAAAAUAUAAAAGAUUCCCUAUUAUUAGGCUGUUCAAUGAACAGCAUCACCUAGGCUUAUACGUUCUCUCCCAGGCUCAUGGAUAGAACGUUUGUAGUGUAGCAUAAGGUAACCCAGUCCAUCCAGUAUGCAUAAUAAUACAGUCCACACUCAAAGGCCAUUUACAUUUACAUUUUUAGUCAUUUAGCAGACGCUCUUAUCCAAAACAACUUACAGUUAGUGAGUGCAUACAUGUUUUAUUUUUUAUUUUUUAUACUGGCCCCCCGUGGGAAUCGAACCCACAACCCUGGCGUUGCAAGCGCCAUGCUCUACCAACUGAGCUAUAGGCUAGACCAAUUAUGUACCAAAAUUCUCUGCUGUGCGUAGUAUGCAGUAGGCUAAGUAUUGUAUAACGGCAGAAUCGUUAUUUUAAUUCAACUUUUUUGGGGGGGCUUGGGCUCAUAUAUCAAAAUAGACCUAUGCAUAUGGGUGUUUUGAAUUAAUUAAUUAAUCAACUUAGAAAGCACUGUCCAUCUUAGAAAGCGCUGUCCAUUUAAUUGUGUCAGGCUUUGAAACAACAGCCAUAAAGACCAUGUUUUCCACUCAGUGUCAACCUAUUGUUGAACUUCUUUCUUCAAAUUGAUCAAUCACAGUGAGGUGAGUUUUAAAAGCACAUGCUGUUUUGAUGAUGUGUUUGAUGUGAUUUUCGAUUGCAUUUGCAUUGAUGUCAGGGUGGUUAGAGGGACAAUAGAGCCCUGAGUACCAGGCCAUUAGCGACCUGAUGAUCGUUAGGGAUUUGAUACUACCAACGCAUGUCCAGAGUGCAUUAGAGGAGGUUACCGUGACUCAACGGUCAUGUGGAAUUUUACUGCGGUCAUGGAUCAUGACUGCCGGUGUCGCGGAAAUAUGGUCACCGAAACAGCCCUAGUAAGGACACACACACACAUACACACACAUAUACAUGACUAAAAUGUAAAUGUACAUUUCUAUUACACACACGCAUACAGGGAGGCGUUGUCUGGUUUACAAUCUACCUCUUUCUUUCUCCCUCCCUCUCUCUCUCUCCAGGCUCUAGAGGACAGGCCUAGCUCUCUCUCAGUAGAACAGGUGGAUAGCAGUUCUCCCUCCUUCAACCCCUCCGACAACUCCCUCCUCUCAUCCUCCUCUCCCAUCGAUGAGAUGGAGGAGCGCAAGACUGGCUUCCUCAAGAGACGACAGUACGUACUGGAUUGAUUGAUUUAUUGGGGAAAAAAGAUGCACGGAGUACAACCCAGGCUAUAACGCGUUAAAGCGAUUCCACUUGUUUCCAACAUGGAUCACUAGCUCUUUUUCUGUCACUCACUCACUCUCUCAUGCUCACUGUUAGUGUCCAUAUUAGGACAACCUCAGCCUCAGCAGCGUUUGACUGUAGCUAUCCUAAUAUGGACACUGUACACUGAAACUCGUUUUAUUCUUUGACGCUCUUGUUUAAGACAUGUUACUGACCCUCUCUCUCUGUGUGUAGUUAUGUGUUGUUGGAGCUGGUGGAGACAGAGAGGGACUACGUCAGAGACCUGGGCCUGGUGGUGGAGGUGAGUCAAAACACAUCACUUCCUCCCUCCCUCUGACCUCACUUCCUCUUCCUCUAGUGUUAGUUGAUGUUCACGUGUGUGUGACGACGUGAUUUUGCACCCCUGACUGUGUGUGUUUCAGAGCUAUAUGACUCGGAUGAAGGAGGAAGGGGUACCAGACGAUAUGAAGGGGAAAGACAAGAUAGUCUUUGGAAACAUCCACCAGAUCUACGACUGGCACAGAGAGUAUGACACACACACACACACACACACACACACACACACACACAAUAUAGUAUGGAUAUGCCUUGCUGACCCUCUCGCUUUCUCUCUGUAGUUUCUUCAUGGGAGAGUUAGAAAAGUGUCUUGAAGACCCUGAUCGACUUGGACCGCUGUUUGUCAAACAUGUGAGUGACUGACUGUUGCUGUGUGAGUGAGUGUGUGAGUGAGUGUUUGAGUGUGUAUACACUUCUGUUCAAAAGUUUGGGGUCACUUAGAAAUGUCCUUGUUUUCGAAAGAAAACCAUCAGUCCUGUGUUCCAAUGGCACGUUGUGUUUGCUAAAUCAAGUUUAUCAUUUUAAAGGCUAAUUGAUCAUUAGAAAACCCUUUUGCAAUUAUGUUAGCACAGCUGAAAACUGUUGUGCUGAUUAAAGAAGCAAUAAAACUGGCCUUCUUGAGACUAGUUGAGUAUCUGGAGCAUCAGCAAUUGUGGGUUCGAUUACAGGAUCAAAAUGGCCAGAAACAAAUAACUUUCUUCUGAAACUCGUCAGUCUAUUCUUGUUCUGAGAAAUGAAGGCUAUUCCAUGCGAGAAACGUCAACAGUGAAGCGGCGACUCUGAGAUGCUGACCUUCUAGGCAGAGUUGCAAAGAAAAAGCCAUGUCAAACUGCCCAUCUGAAUCUUUUCUUUUUAUUGGCCAGUCUGAGAUAUGGCUUUUUCUUUGCAACUCUGCCUAGAAGGUCAGCAUCCCGGAGUCGCCUCUUCACUGUUGACGUUGAGACUGGUGUUUUGCGGGUACUAUUUAAUGAAGCUGCCAGUUGAGGACCUGUGAGGCGUCUGUUUCUCAAACUAGACACUAAUGUAUUUGUCCUCUUGCUCAGCAAGGCCAAAUCCUCUUUCUAUUUUGGUUAGAGACCGUUUGCGCUGUUCUGUAAAGGGAGUAGUACACAGCGUUGUACGAGAUAUUCAGUUUCUUGGCAAUUUCUCGCAUGGAAUAGCCUUCAUUUCUCAGAACAAGAAUAGACUGAUGAGUUUCAGAAGAAAGUUAUUUGUUUCUGGCCAUUUUGAGCCUGUAAUCGAACCCACAAUUGCUGAUGCUCCAGAUACUAAACUAGUCUCAAGAAGGCCAGUUUUAUUGCUUCUUUAAUCAGCACAACAGUUUUCAGCUGUGCUAACAUAAUUGCAAAAGGGUUUUCUAAUGAUCAAUUAGUCUUUUAAAAUGAUAAACUUGGAUUAGCAAACACAACGUGCCAUUGGAACACAUGACUGAUGGUUGCUGAUAAUGGGCCUCUGUACGCCUAUGUAGAUAUUCCAUAAAACAUAUUUUUCCAGCUACAAUAGCCAUUUACAACAUUAACAAUGUCUACACUGUAUUUCUGAUCAAAUUAAUGUUAUUUUAAUGGACAAAAAAAUUGCUUUUCUUUCGAAAACAAGGACAUUUCUAAGUGACCCCAAACAUUUGAACGGUAGUGUAUAUCUACAGUACCCUAACCCUCUGUGUGUUCUGUCUCCAGGAGCGAAGGCUCCACAUGUACAUAGUGUACUGUCAGAACAAGCCCAAGUCAGAACACAUCGUGUCAGAGUACAUCGACACCUACUUUGAGGACCUGAAACAACGUCUAGGUCACCGUCUCCAGAUCACUGACCUCCUCAUCAAACCUGUCCAGAGAAUCAUGAAGUACCAGCUACUGCUCAAGGUAGGUAGAGUGGGUGUGUCUGUGUCUGUUUUCAUCAUCGUCUUGUGUUCUAAUUGUAAGUCGCUCUGGAUAAGAGCGUCUGCUAAAUGAUUAAAAUGGAUGUCAAUGUUUUGUGAGGGAACUAAGUGCUGUACAUGAUCAUGGUCUUAGUUGUCCAGCAGGGGUUUUCUUAGCUGGGGGCCCAGUAUCAUUUAUUUUUUAUUUUUUACCAUGUUGCCUUAUAAUUGGGUAAUCAUUGUCUUUCACACAAGUCACCUUUUUGUAAUAUCAAAUUAAUUUUGUCUUGUUUUGUUCGUAGGACUUCCUAAAAUUCUCUAAAAAGGCAGGGUUGGAUUCAGUAGAGUUGGAGGUGAGGAGGAGAGGACACUGUCUUUCCUCUAGUGUUUUAUACAUUUUUAUACUAUAUUUUAUUUCCUAAACAACGUGGGUUUUUAACCCAUUCGAUGUGUGUGUGCCCUACAGAAAGGAGUUGAGAUCAUGUGCAUCGUACCAAAGAGAUGCAACGAUAUGAUGAACGUGGGGCGACUCCAAGGAUUUGACGUAAGAUAACCCUGACAUUAAAUAGUUAUCCAACAAAACAGAAUAUCAAACAUUUAAAGACUGAAGAAUAGAUUGUCAGAUCAGUCAACCCACCAAUGUCAGAUCAUCUUGUUUUCUCUCCUUCUCUUUCCUCUGCCUCCCUUAUCGUUUCCAUUCUUCACCUCUCUUUCUAAAUUUUGCUCCUCACUUUUGUUUCCUUCCUUCUCUCUCUCUUUCUUUUCUUCAGGGUAAGAUUGUGGCCCAGGGUCGUCUGCUGCUCCAGGACACCUUCAUGGUAUCAGACCCCGAGGGAGGAGGUGGGAGGAUGAGGGAGAGGAGGGUCUUCCUAUUUGAACAGAUGGUCAUCUUCAGUGAUCUACUGGACAAGAAGAGAGGCUUCUCCAUGCCGGGCUUCCUAUACAAGAACAGCAUCAAGGUAUCGUCUAUAGAUCCUAUGAUGGAAAUGUGUAUUUAAUUCCAAACAACAACACAGUUUCUCUCCUUUUCUUUAUUUUUAUAUAUAUGCAAGCUGUGAGUGCUGUAUCCAUCCCUUCAUUUCUUGAUAAAGGUGUGUUGAAACUCUCUCUCUGUCUCCAUCUCCAGAUCGGUUGUCUGGGGUUGGAGGACAGUGUGGACGGUGACCCCUGUAAGUUUGUGUUGACCUCUCGGGUGACCAAUAGCAGCAUAGAAUCCUUUGUCCUCCACUCCUCCCACCUGGGAGUGCGUCAGGUUUGGACCCUUCAGAUCAGCCAGAUACUGGAGAGCCAACGCAACUUCCUCAACGGUACACGCACCCACGCACAUGAACCCUUUGCGUAACUCAUUCCAAAAUAGUCCAUUUUGGAAUGUUGUGGUUUGUGAUGUAGCCAAAAUAAAUACUGCAAAGGUUAAUAUUUUGUUCAAUCUCUGUCCCUUUCUUUCUCACUCUAUCUCUCUCUCUCCAGCUCUGACCUCCCCUAUAGAGUACCAGAGGAACCAUGUAGGGGCUAGCGACGGACCAUGUCUACCCAGCAGCAGCACUCCGUCAGUGGGGAGCAUCAUGCCCAGUGUGGCCCCUGCUGGUGGUCUACAGGGUGCGCCUCUCACUGGUCCCCUCGUUGGAGGUGGUCCCCAGGGCGGAGCUGUUUCGUCCAUGAGGCCAUCCAGGAUCCCUCAGCCCUCACGCCUGCCCCAGCCCCUACGACACCCACACCACCCUGGGGCCGCAGACCCAGACGGCCCCAACAAGAUGUCAGGUAGAUAUCUCCCAGUAUUACAGAGGGUGUGUGUGUGUUGAAAUUUCCCUGGUUAAGACGUUUCCCUCCCUCCACUCAGUUUUGCUCACUUGUGAUUCAGGUUCCUCCCCUCGUCUCCCCCCUCAUCCCUCGCUCCCUCCCUCCGUCUCAGCAAACCCGGGGUUGCAGGCUCCAGCAGGGGGGGUGAGGGACACCAGGGAGGCCCAGCGUGGGGUGAGGGUCCAGGGGGGCAGCCCCCAGGGCAAGCGCCCCUUCUCGGCUUCAGCCGAACAGACCCCUCCCGUCCCCCCAAUUCCCCGGGCCAGUGUGGCCCCCCUCCCUGUGCCCGUGCUUCUCUCCACCCCCACCAAGCCUCGCCCGGGCACCGUCUCCCCCAUGGCCUCCCCCCUGGCCACUCCCGCCUUUGGGAAAGACGCCCUCCUGCCUCCCCCUCCCAGCCCUGGCCUGAAGUCUGGCUCUGGCUCCUUCUGGAGCUCCAUGCCUGGUUCCCCAGCCAGUAGGCCCGGCUCCUUCACCUUCCCAGGGGAGACAGGAGAGACCAUGGGGAGGCAGAACCAAAACACGUCCCAGACCUCCUCUCAGUCCGGGACAGGCUCCCACAGACACUCCAACCACAGCAAAGAGGCGGACCGCAUGAGUACGUGCUCGUCCACCAGUGAGCAGUCCACCCAGAGCAACGGGGUAAGAGAUGUACCCGCUGCCCAGGCUUCUGUGCGGCCUAGUCCUGCUCCUGCUCCUGGUUGACUAACCCAGCACCCACGGGAGACCUGUCCUGUCUGCCUGUGUCCUGCUGUAUCCCACUGGAGAUGGCUCUACUUAACUGCUACUACAUGUUCUACUACUACUCUACUACUAGUAGUACUCUUAUACUACUACUACUACUACUACUACGCGUCUAACGAAUUGACAACUGUACUAAACUACUCUACAACGCACCGCUCUAACCAAGCUUUACCUGCACUCCAAGUAGUAAUCCACUACAACUGUACUACUUAGAAGUACUCUACUAUUACUACUACGUGUCUCUUGUCGCUAUGUCUCUAACAAUGCUUCACCGCUUUUUAAGCUCUAAUGACAAAUCUACUAAACUCUACUGAAUACUUUUUCUACUCUUUUUGUUGUUGUUGCUAUCAAGGCUUUUAUAACUCUUCAAUCUUUAACAACGACUCUCAUUUCUGCUAUUUAACUCUAACAAAGCUUCUUCCAGCUUGAUUACUUCUCUCUCUAACUCGUCUCGUCUUUGUGUCGGAGCAAGACCACUGAAACUGAAACUCAUCCCUCCUUUUAACACCUCCACCUGAGUGUGUACGUCUUCUCGCUUCUGCUUCACUCCAUCUGAUUCACUCGUUCUCCGAAGGAGGAGUGAGGAGUGGUGCCCAGCCCUUUUUCUUAUUUCUUUGUCUCUUACAGAGGUGUAUACGUUAUGUUGAUAACUUUAACUCUUCCACUGGAGACAGUGUGUUAAACUGGAGAAUGGAUGGCUAACAACAGCACUCACAUGAUUGGACGAUUAUCUAAAGCUCUACUCAAAUAGUAUUGAUCUUUUCCUCUUCUCUCUGCUGCUUUUUGUCCGUCCUCUUCCCUCUCUACCUAAACAGCAUUGUGAGUGUGAGGUGUGUGUGUCGUUUGGGGCGCCAUGAUAGAAUCUGUGUGUUUGGCCUGUUACUGACAAGAUGCAUGGCAUCUUAGGGGAUUGAUCUACGUAUGUGUGGGGGAGUGUGUGUGAGUGAGUUUCUUGCAAGUUAUUCAAUAUACUUACACCCCCCCCCCCCCCCCCACCACCACCCACCUCCCUCCCACCAUCUGCAGAGUGAAAGCAGCAGCAGCAGUAGUAUGUCGACCAUGUUGGUGACCCAGGACUACGUGGCCCUAAAGGAGGAUGAGAUCAGUGUGUCCCAGGGAGAGGUGGUUCAGAUCCUGGCCUCUAACCAACAGAACAUGUUCCUGGUGUUCCGGGCCGCUACAGAACAGGGCCCCGCCGCCGAGGGCUGGAUCCCCGGCUACAUUCUAGGACACACCUCCGCCAUCAUCCCCGACUGCCCAGACGGAACCAUCAAGUAAGAGACUGUGGGAAGGAUUUUAGUGUGACACCACACAAAAUAUUGUUAGCCUAAAACUAGGAAUUGUAUGGUAAAAUUAGAUAUGUUAUUGAUUAGUAGUAUAUCAUAUCAUAUACCUUUCAACUUUGUCCCUAUUUGUGUAAACAGGAAGUCCUCAUCCUGGCACACCACCCUGCGCAUCCGCAAGAAGUCUGAGAAGAAAGAGGAGGGAAAGAAAGAGGGCAAGCUGGAAAACGGUUACAGGAAGUCCAGAGAUGGGCUAGCCAAUAAGGUUUCUGUAAAGGUAAUUAAUCAUCAAUCCUUUUGUCCAAUCCUUAUUGACCACUAGCCCUACCCGUGAUGCCUAGGCAGACCUACUUAUGUAGAUCGGAGAGGCUUGGAUAGGUAUAAGCAAUAUGGUGGAAAUUGAUCCUAGCCUAUCAGAGAGCUAGGUGGCGCUAUUUUUGAUGUAUUGCUAGUAACCAACCAAGAAUAUCAGAACUACACAAAACGUACUUCUGUGAUGUCUGAUGUUUGGUUUUCUGUCUGGUUUUUUCAGCUUCUAAAUCCCAACUAUAUCUAUGAUGGUAAGUCUCUCAUUGUGGAAAGGUGCGGUGUUAAUUGAGUGAGAGGGGAAAUGGUUGCAUAUCCUAGAGCCGACGGGUGUCUAUGAGCAGGGGUAGUGAGGGAGAGCUUUCAAUUUUGUUUAGAUGAGGGAUAUACAUUUUUAAAUAUAGUAUACAUCUAAUUUAAUUUUUUAUUGACCUAUCAUGAUGGAAAGAUCCCCAACCCUAUAUCCAGGACACCCACCUGAGUGACCCAUACACCAAAGAGAAGUUCCCAUCUCUUUUAUGGACCUGCUGUGAGUAUGCAGCCUAAACAGAGAUAUAAAUGCGGUCAGAGACCUACUUGAGCAGCACCGCCCCCUCAAGAUUCUGAGCCUGCCUGGCAGGGUUGGUCCUACAAAGCCAGAGCCCCCUGAUGGGAGAGCAUUUAUAUACAAGGAAAUUCUCAAAGCUGCUAAUGAGAACCUUGACGACCUUUUACCUAGCCGGUGGGGAUUCCGGUGGGGUACCCCCACCCAGGUAGUGGCAGUGCAGGCAACACUGGCUGCAGUAACCCAUGGGGAGGGGGUCACACUCGGACAAUCAGAGAGGGGGUUUAUCAUUGUGGCCCAGGUUGCACAAAAUAAUCAAAGGUCUGACUGCACGGAAAUGCUUGGGAAAAAUGGUUACAACGGGGGGGACCAGAGUGUUUGUGUCUCAGGUGAAGAGGGUGGAUCUGAUCUCCAUCACCUAGGACUUGACAUAGAUUAAGUAGAUUAAUCAAAUCUCACAUUGUUGUCAAUUUCUGCUCAAUCUUGCAUGCUUUCUCAAUCAGCUGUAACUGUAUGUGCACUCGUAAAUCAGGUCCUUUCUUGAGUUCGGCUCUGGGAUAUAACAACUGUUGAGUAUCAGAUUUUAUGGUGGAUUGUGGAGGAGGGGGGAUGAGUGUGUUGGAGUAUGUGAGUAUGUGCGUGUGUGUUUGUCCUGCAUCUGUUGUGGGGUGGGGGGGGGGGUGGGGGGGGGGGGGGGGGGGGAUGGACCACGGUAAUUAUUUGCUAGGAUAAUAAUUGCUUGUCAAUAAAUGAAAUGUAAUACAAUGGCAAUCUGGGUUAUAUGUUAAAAUCCUACGUAUGAACUGCCGACAUUAUUACGCAUAUUAAUUGAUAAUGAUGGAAAAUAAGAUAUGCAAGAUAUUUGAAUAGAUAUAUAUUUUUUUAUAGUUAUAUAUAGAGGUGACAGCUGUUUUCGAUGGAUGGGUCCUGGCCUCUCGGGGCCCUAGGGAUCCGGAGGGAUGUGGGUGGGAUGCUGAUCACUGGGAUGACGGCUCAACUUGGGAUGGGGAGGGGCUUUAGCGGGGGAAUUAGUGGAGAACAAUUGAAGGGAUACUUAGUAGCAAUGCAAAUAUCAUGGUACAGCUAUAUGGACAGAAGAACAAUAUUUACAUGGCUCAAAGAGAAGGAAUAUAAUAUCUAUUGUUUACAGGAAACUCAUUCAACAAUUCUAGAUGAAGUUGCGUGGAAAAAGGAAUGGGCGGGCUAAAUAUACUUCUCCCAUGGGCAAAGAAAUUCAAAAGGGGUGAUGAUAUUAAUUAAUAGUAAUUUCGAUCCGAAUGUGCAAAUUGUCCAAAUAGAUACGCAAGGUAGAUGUAUUAUUUUAAAUAUGUUAUUGGACAAUAAACAGAUAUGGCUCAUUAACAUUUACGGACCAAAUAAUGAUGAUCCACACUUCUUUGACAAUAUAUAUAAUAAAUUAUCAACCCUGCAAGCAAUUCAAGACAAUAUUAUUAUGGUGGGGGAUUAUAAUACUGUUUUAAAUAGCUCAAUGGACCAUAAAGGAAAUCACACCACAAACAAUCACCCACAUGCUCUUAAGGAAAUCGUGAAUGUCAUGGAUACAUUAGAACUAGUAGAUAUAUGGAGGCUUAAAUAUCCUGAUCUAGUGAGAUAUACAUGGCGGAGACUCAAUCAAGCUAGUCGUCUUGACUUCUUUCUUAUCUCAUUCUCGUUGGCACCAAAAGUUUAAAAAGUGUUGAUAGGGGACAGAAUGCGGUCGGACCUUCAUAUAAUUGGCAUAUACAUUACUCUUACUGAAUUUCCACGUGGGCGAGGAUAUUGGAAAUGUAAUCAAAGCCUAUUGGAUGAUAAUUUAUUUUUAACUAGAACAAAGGAAUUUAUAACUGACUUUUUCCGACAUAACAUAGGUACAGCAAAUCCCCUUAUUGUAUUGGACACCUUUAAAUGCGCCUUUAGAGGCCAUGCAAUUCAGUACUCAUCUCGAAAACAAAAGCAAUUUAGGUCAAAAGAGUUUAUACUAACAAAGGAAAUAGAAAGUCUAACAGAACAGAUAGAUGGCAAUAAAAACUGUAACAUAGAGGCUCAGAAUAAAUUAGAGGAAAAUCAAAAAGAAAUGGAGAAACUAAUUCAAGAAAGAUCAAGUGUAAUAUAUUAUAAAAAUAAAGCAAACUGGAUGGAAUAUGGGGGAAAAAAUGCACUAAAUAAUUUUUUAAUCUUCAACAUAGGAAUGCUACCAAAAAGAAUGUAAUGAAAUUGGUUACAAUUGACGGAGUAACCCAUGAUUCACCAAAUUAUAUUUUGAAGGAGGAAACUUUAAGCAUAUGUUUUCGUUUCAGUCGCCUCCAUCUCCUCUAACUGAAGCUAAUUGUAGAGAUUUUUUUUUAUUGAUAAUGUAAAAUUAACAGCCAAACAGAAAGACUCAUGUGAAGGUGAAAUUACAGAGGAGGAACUUCUGGAUGCAAUUAAAGACUUUAAGUCUGGGAAAACUCCAGGGUUGGAUGGCAUACCAGUCGAACAAACCAAACCUUUUUUGAUAUACUAAGAGGACCGCUAUUAGCAUGUUUUAACCACUCCUAUGUAAAUGGUAGAUUAUCUGACACUCAAGAAGAAGGUCUGAUCUCAUUUUUACUGAAACAGGAUACAAGUGGAAAAUAUAAAGAUCCAGUCCAUUUAAAAAAAUUGGAGGCCCCUUACACUUCAGUGUUGUGAUGCGAAAAUUCUAGCAAAAUGUAUAGCGCAUAGAAUUAAAAAGGUAUUGUCGGAUAUUAUUCAUUCUAAUCAGACAGGUGUUUUUACAAGGAAGAUACAUUGGAGGCAAGUAUUGGAAACAAUAGAACAUUAUGGAAAAUCUGAGAAACCAGGCCUGCUAUUCAUAGCAGACUUCGAAAAGGCAUUUGAUAAAGUACGACUGGGGUUUAUAUAUAAAUGCCUGGAGCAUUUCAAUUUUGGUGAAUCUCUUAUAAAAUGGGUCAAAAUCAUGUAUAGUAACCCUAGGUGUAAAAUAGUAAAUAAUGGCUAUUUCUCAAAGUUUUCAACUGUCAAGAGGAGUGAAACAAGGUUGUCCACUAUCGGCAUAUCUAUUUAUUGUGGCCAUCGAGAUGUUAGCUAUUAAAAUCAGAUCCAACAAUAAUAUCAGGGGAUUAGAAAUCCAGGGCUUAAAAACAAAGGUGUCAUUGUACGCUGAUGAUUUAUGUUUUCUUUUAAAUCCACAACUAGAAUCACUCCACAGCCUCAUAGAGGAUCUAGAUACAUUUUCUAACCUCUCUGGAUUACAACCAAAUUAUAACAAAUGUACUAUAUUACAUAUUGGAUCAAUAAAAAAUACAAUUUUUACAUUGCCAUGUAGUUUACCAGUAAAAUGGUCUCAUGGUGAUGUGGAUAUACUCGGAAUACAUAUCCCAAAGGAAAUAAAUGAUCUCACUUCAAUAAAUUAUAAUAGAAAGUUAGCAAAAAUAGAUAAGAUCUUGCCUGUCAAUUUGUGGAAAAAUCACCCUGAUUUAACUCUUUAGUAUUAUCCCAGUUUACCUAUUUGCUUAUGGUCUUGCCUACGCCUAGCGAACAGUUUUUUAAAUUAUAUGAGAAAAAAAGAUUCCAUUUUAUUUGGAACGGCAAGCCAGACAAAAUUAAACGGGCCUAUUUAUAUAAUGAAUAUGAAUUCAGAGGACAGAAAUUAUUAAAUAUUAAAGCAUUAGACCUAUCAAUAAAAGCUUCAGUCAUACAAAAGUUAUACUUAAAUCCGAACUGGUUCUCUAGCAAAUUAGUAAGAUUGUCUCACCCAAUGUUCAAGAAUGGCCUUUUUCCAUUUAUUCAGAUUACAACCACUCACUUUCAGUUAUUUGAAAAGGAAAUAAUCUCCCAGAUAUCACUAUUUAUAAAACAAUCCAUAGAAAGUUGGUUGCAAUUUCAAUUUAAUCCUCCAGAAACGACAGAACAAAUAAUGCAACAAAUAUUGUGGUUAAACUCAAAUAUACUAAUUGACAAAACCUUAUUUUUUUGACAAAAUGUUGAAAAAUGUAUAAUCUUUGUAAAUGAUAUCAUUGGGAGGACUGGUGGAGUUAUGUCGCACAUGCUCUACCCAAAAUUACAACCAAAUAAUUGCAGCCUUACUGCAAAAAUGGAAGAGGAAAGUGGAAGGAGGAGAAAGUAAGGAACUUGUCUGUCGGCCUUGCAUUAAAGAACAUAAUUGGUUAAGGAAAACUGUGAUAAAUAAAAAGGUAUAUCAGUUUCAUUUAAGGACCAAAGGAUUGACAGCCGUCCCAUAUAGAUUGCAAAAUAGUUGGGAAGAGAUUUUUGACGUACCGAUCCCAUGGCAUAGUGUUUAUGAACUGAUACGCAAAACGACACCGGAUUCAAAACUUAGAAUCUUUCAAUUUAAAUUAUUAUAUAAAAUUCUUGCUACCAAUAGAAUGUUAUUUAUAUGGGGGAUACAAUCUUCCCAGCUCUGCAGAUUUUGCUGCGAAGAGACAGAAUCAUUAGCUCAUUUGUUUUGGUACUGUCCAUUUGUAGCUUGUUUUUGGACACAGGUCCAGGAAUGGCUAAAGGAUUGCAAUAUUUACCUGGAGCUAACCCUGCAGAUAGCACUACUGGGUGAUCUGAAAAGUCAUAGUCAAUCGAUCAAUAACAUAAUAAUACUAUUAGCAAAAAUGUUUAUUUUCAAUUCACAAUCUGUAGAAACAAUGAGAAUAGAAAGGUUCAGAACUUUUGGAAGACAGUACAGUUGAAAUAUAUAUGGCAAAUAGAAAUCCUAUAUGGAUGGUGUUAAAAGAUAGAUGGGAGGUGUUGAAUGGAAUUGAAGGAUGGGACUAAUAACAACUAACAACAAACAAUAACAAGAUAACUAAUAAUGUAGGCACGCUGUGUCCAUAAUAAGUGUAUGGGUUGUAGGUUGAGAGCUUUUGUGAAGGAGCACAGUUAGAAAGAUAUGGCAUAUAGAAGCAAACUGGAUGGACAUCAUGAAAAUGAUCGGAGAGGUUGAGAGUAGAAGAAGUUCAGGAGAAAGAACAAACAAAAUGCAAUUACUGUAAAAUUGACUGUGUCCAUAAAAUGUAGAUAGGGGUAUGGGCUGGAAGUAGAGGCUUAGGCGUUGUUGUUCACUAGUUUACUCCAAGUGGGGAAAGGGUGGCAGGGUUGGAAAGUAAGAAAGGGGAAUAUAUAUAUUUUUUUUAAAGGAUAUGUAUGUAUAUGUGUAUGUAUGUAUAUGUGUAUAUAUAUAUAUAUACAGUGGGGAGAACAAGUAUUUGAUACACUGCCGGUUUUGCAGGUUUUCCUACUUACAAAGCAUGUAGAGGUCUGUAAUUUUUUAUCAUAGGUAUACUUCAACUGUGAGAGACGGAAUCUAAAACAAAAAUCCAGAAAAUCACGUUGGUAUGAUUUUUAAGUAAUUAAUUUGCAUUUUAUUGCAUGACAUAAGUAUUUGAUCACCUACCAACCAGUAAGAAUUCCGGCUCUCACAGACCUGUUAGUUUUUCUUUAAGAAGCCCUCCUGUUCUCUACUCAUUACCUGUAUUAAAAUCACCUGUUUGAACUCGUUACCUGUAUAAAAGACACCUGUCCACACACUCAAUCAAACAGACUCCAACCUCUCCACAAUGGCCAAGACCAGAGAGCUCUGUAAGGACAUCAGGGAUAAAAUUGUAGACCUGCACAAGGCUGGGAUGGGCUACGGGACAAUAGGCAAGCAGCUUGGUAAGAAGGCAACAACUGUUGGCGCAAUUAUUAGGAAAUGGAAGAAGUUCAAGAUGACGGUCAAUCACCCUCGGUCUGGGGUUCCAUGCAAGAUCUCACCUCGUGGGGCAUCAAUGAUCAUGAGGAAGGUGAGGGAUCAGCCCAAAACUACACGGCAGGACCUGGUCAAUGACCUGAAGAGAGCUGGGACCACAGCCUCAAAGAAAACCAUUAGUAACACACUAAGCCGUCAUGGAUUAAAAUCCUGCAGCGCACGCAAGGUCCCCCUGCUCAAGCCAGCGCAUGUCCAGGCCCGUCUGAAGUUUGCCAGUGACCAUCUGGAUGAUCCAGAGGAGGAAUGGGAGAAGGUCAUGUGGUCUGAUGAGACAAAAAUAGAGCUUUUUGGUCUAAACUCCACUCGCCGUGUUUGGAGGAAGAAGAAGGAUGAGGACAACCCCAAGAACACCAUACCAACCGUGAAGCAUGGAGGUUGAAACAUCAUUCUUUGAGGAUGCUUUUCUGCAAAGGGGACUGGACGACUGCACCGUAUUGAGGGAUGGAUGGAUGGGGCCAUGUAUUGCGAGAUCUUGGCCAACAACCUCCUUCCCUCAGUAAGAGCAUUGAAGAUGGGUCGUGGCUGGGUCUUCCAGCAUGACAACGACCCGAAACACACAGCCAGGGCAACUAAGGAGUGGCUCCGUAAGAAGCAUCUCAAGGUCCUGGAGUGGCCUAGCCAGUCUCCAGACCUGAACCCAAUAGAAAAUCUUUGGAGGGAGCUGAAAGUCCGUAUUGCCCAGCGACAGCCCCGAAACCUGAAGGAUCUGGAAAAGGUCUGUAUGGAGGAGUGGGCCAAAAUCCCUGCUGCAGUGUGUGCAAACCUGGUCAAGACCUACAGGAAACAUAUGAUCUCUGUAAUUGCAAACAAAGGUUUCUGUACCAAAUAUUAUGUUCUGCUUUUCUGAUGUAUCAAAUACUUAUGUCAUGCAAUAAAAUGCAAAUUCAUUACUUAAAAAUCAUACAAUGUGAUUUUCUGGAUUUUUGUUUUAGAUUCCGUCUCUAAAAGUUGAAGUGUACCUAUGAUAAAAAUUACAGACCUCUACAUGCUUUGUAAGUAGGAAAACCUGCAAAAUCGGCAGUGUAUCAAAUACUUGUUCUCCCCACUGUAUGUAUGUGUGUGUGUGUGUGUGUGUGUGUGUGUGUGUGUGUGUGUGUGUGUGUGUGGUCACCACCUGCAGAACCACUUCUUUAUUGGGGGUGUCUUGCUAAUUGCAGUGGAUAUGUGUACAGUGGGGAAAAAAAGUGUUUAGUCAGCCACCAAUUGUGCAAGUUCUCCCACUUAAAAAGAUGAGAGAGGUCUGUAAUUUUCAUCAUAGGUACACGUCAACUAUGACAGACAAAUUGAGAGAAAAAAAUCCAGAAAAUCACAUUGUAGGAUUUUUUAUGAAUUUAUUUGCAAAUUAUGGUGGAAAAUAAGUAUUUGGUCACCUACAAACAAGCAAGAUUUCUGGCUCUCACAGACCUGUAACUUCUUAUUUAAGAGGCUCCUCUGUCCUCCACUUGUUACCUGUAUUAAUGGCACCUGUUUGAACUUGUUAUCAGUAUAAAAGACACCUGUCCACAACCUCAAACAGUCACUAUGACACAACCCCUGGCGCUCUCAGCUGCUCAGUCAUGAUGUCAUUUUACCUUUGGCCCUUAGUUCAACCAGAAUUCCUGGUCCCCCUGAGUGAGAUGACGUGUGACAACGGGGAGAGUGUGACUCUGAGGUGUAAGGUGUGUGGCCGAGCUACUGUCACUUGGAGGGGACCUGACCAGACCACCCUGAACAAUAAUGGACACCACAGCAUCGCCUACAGGUACACACUCCAAACUCCACUAUGGCCAAGACCAAAGAGCUGUCAAAGGACACCAGAAACAAAAUUGUAGACCUGCACCAGGCUGGGAAGAUUGAAUCUGCAAUAGGUAAGCAGCUUGGUUUGAAGAAAUCAACAGUGGGAGCAAUUAUUAGGAAAUGGAAGACAUACAAGACCACUGAUAAUCUCCCUCGAUCUGGGGCUCCACGCAAGAUCUCACCCCGUGGGGUCAAAAUGAUCACAAGAACGGUGAGCAAAAAUCCCAGAACCACACGGGGGGACCUAGUGAAUGACCUGCAGAGAGCUGGGACCAAAGUAACAAAGCCUACCAUCAGUAACACACUACGCCGCCAGGGACUCAAAUCCUGCAGUGCCAGACGUGUCCCCCUGCUUAAGCCAGUACAUGUCCAGGCCCGUCUGAAGUUUGCUAGAGUACAUUUGGAUGAUCCAGAAGAGGAUUGGGAGAAUGUCAUAUGGUCAGAUGAAACCAAAAUAGAACUUUUUGGUAAAAACUCAACUCGUCGUGUUUGGAGGACAAAGAAUGCUGAGUUGCAUCCAAAGAACACCAUACCUACUGUGAAUCAUGGGGGUGGAAACAUCAUGCUUUGGGGCUGUUUUUCUGCAAAGGGACCAGGACGACUGAUCCGUGUAAAGGAAAGAAUGAAUGGGGCCAUGUAUCGUGAGAUUUUUAGUGAAAACCUCCUUCCAUCAGCAAGGGCAUUGAAGAUGAAACGUGGCUGGGUCUUUCAGCAUGACAAUGAUCCCAAACACACCGCCCGGGCAACGAAGGAGUGGCUUCGUAAGAAGCAUUUCAAGGUCCUGGAGUGGCCUAGCCAGUCUCCAGAUCUCAACCCCAUAGAAAAUCUUUGGAGGGAGUUGAAAGUCUGUGUUGCCCAGCGACAGCCCCAAAACAUCACUGCUCUAGAGGAGAUCUGCAUGGAGGAAUGGGCCAAAAUACCAGCAACAGUGUGUGAAAACCUUGUGAAGACUUACAGAAAACGUUUGACCUGUGUCAUUGCCAACAAAGGGUAUAUAACAAAGUAUUGAGAAACUUUUGUUAUUGACCAAAUACUUAUUUUCCACCAUAAUUUGCAAAUAAAUUCAUAAAAAAUCCUACAAUGUGAUUUUCUUGAAAAGAAACUAUCAUUUUUUUCUCAACUUUGAGUCCCACUAUAGUUGACGUCUUUUUAAGUGGGAGAACUUGCACAAUUGGUGGCUGACUAAAUACUUUUUUCCCCCACUAUAUAUAUAUAUGUAUGUAUGUAUGUAUGUAUGUAUGUAUAUAUGUAUAUAUGUAUAUAUGUAUAUAUGUAUGUAUGUAUGUAUGUAUGUAUGUAUGUAUGUAUGUAUGUAUGUAUGUAUGUAUGUAUGUAUGUAUGUAUGUAUGUAUGUAUGUAUGUAUGUAUGUAUAUAUGUGUAAAUGUAUGUAUGUGUAUAUAUAUGUGUGUAUAUGUAUAUAUAUAUAUAUAUAUAUAUAUAUAUAUAAGUUACAAUCUAUCUGCAAUAUUAAGCUGAUCUACCCCCAAGGAAAAAAAAAAAUAAUAAUAAUAAAAAAAAGUCUCAUUGUGUAUUCUCAAUAAAGAUCCCCUCAAUAUAACAGAAUUGAUAUACAGAUUUACAUAUAUUGUUUGUGUGUCCAUGACCAUUUUCCACUUAGGAACAAUAAAGUUAAUUGUGAAAUAUCAAAUAAUAACCAAAGAAUGAACAAAAAAACACAUUUAAACUUGAAAAGGCAAACAAAUGAAUGUAAAUAAUAUGCUCUCACUAUGACACAACCCCUGGCGCUCUCAGCUGCUCAGUCAUGAUGUCAUUUUACCUUUGGCCCUUAGUUCAACCAGAAUUCCUGGUCCCCCUGAGUGAGAUGACGUGUGACAACGGGGAGAGUGUGACUCUGAGGUGUAAGGUGUGUGGCCGAGCUACUGUCACUUGGAGGGGACCUGACCAGACCACCCUGAACAAUAAUGGACACCACAGCAUCGCCUACAGGUACACAGAGAGAGAGAGAGAGAGACACACACACACAAACACACAAAGGUAUCACUUGUUUGUGUGACAGUGAAACAAUGUUAUUGGCUGUUAAAAUGUGUAUAUGUGUGUGUGUGUGUGUGUGUGUGACAGUGAGACGGGCGAGGCGACACUGAGGAUAGUAGGUGUGUCUUCGGUGGACAACGGUGUUUACACCUGCGUCGCUGCUAACGACCUGGGCUCAGUGACAUCAUCAGCCAGCCUCAGAGUGCUAGGUGAGACCACACACACACGUACAUACAUGCUGGCACAGGCCAGUAAUUAAACAGUAAUUAAUGUAACUGUAAAUGACUUGCAUAUUUAGGAAAAGUCAAGGACAGACGGGGGCAUGACUUUUAAAAUGGGAGAGAUAUUUGAAUUUUAAAUUCAUAUUGAGUCGAAAUGACUCACUCGGCUCUUCUAGUGUUAACACACAGCUGCACAAAUGCAUUCACACAGUACUGUACAUUUUCACCGUUCACAGGCAAAAACAAACACACUCUCUUUGGCUGUAUUUGACUGUAUUAUUCCCCCUUUGUGUGUAGCUGUGUCCAGUGACGGGGUCAGGGUGAGCUGGAAGGACAACUUUGAGUCCCACUACACUGAGGUGGCAGAGCUGGGAAGGUACAGUACACACACCUCUGUUCUUAUCACUCCUUGGUGUGUGUGUGUGUGUGUGUGAACCCUUCUACUUGACUUAAGAGUGUAAGAUGGGGGGGUGGGGUACUGCUAAGCUAUAUACAAUUGUUUUAAGAAGGUCAUACCAAGGAUAAUUUUGGUAUUUGAUUUAGAAUUUUAAGACCCCUUGAAGUCUAAAAAUAUAUAUAUUUGAUGAAAAAAAAGUUUUGCUUUACUGCUGUUAGCCCAUACAAACGCAUUGAAUAACAGAUUCACUACAUGGAACAACAGAUAGUCCUAAAAAAAAUCAAAAGGAAGUUUGUUCUGAAGUGUUUGUCCUAUAUUUGAGAGAUAUAAGAAAGAUCAGGAAACAUUUGUUAUUUUUAUUGACAUGUAUUUAACCCCUUAUUUUUGUCACUACACAGUCUCCAUAUAUACUUCCAUAAAUGUUUUCGAAUGGUACCGUGGGACCUUCAGACGAGUCUUGUGAGGCCUGUGGGCAUUCUAGAGCAAAACCAACAUGAACGUGUUCGCGAGAGUCAUCUUUCCAUAAAGGGGUCAUAAUAGUUUGUAGGCCAAACCGUUCGGACGUAACAUACGAUUUUGUGAGAAGACUGAUUUCCGGUAUGUCAAAUGGUCUGACAAACACCGCUCUAGCUCUGUCACCUCUUAUCGCAAAUGCGUAAGUGUUACAUAGGUGGAUGUGGUGAAUUGAGACACAUCCAAUGCAAAAAAAACAAACGGAUUUCUAUAGCUUAAACUGACACAAUUUUACAGGGAACUUUAUAUUAUGCUAAUUUGAUUUCACAGACAUCGACCUUAGGGGGUUAAUGACGAUUCCAAUGAUAAUGAUGUAGAGUCAGCCUCUGAAGAUGACUGUAAUCUCUCCUCCUCGCCCCAGGGGCCGGUUCUCUGUAGUCAAGCGUUGCGACCACAAGUCGACCAAACGCACAGUGGCAGUCAAGCUGGUCAAUAAGAAGCUGAUGAAGAGAGACCAGGUGACCCAGGAGCUCAGCCUGCUACAGAGACUACAACACACACACCUGGUCACACUGCUGGACACGUAUGAGACCCCCAGCAGCUACGCACUGGUCCUGGAGAUGUGAGUUACAGACACACCACCUGGCGCUCGCACGCACACACACACACACACACACACGCACACACACACACUAGUGCUGAGCGAUUAGUGCUUUUUGAAGUCUGUUCGAUUAUUAAAAAAAUUAUCACGGUUUUCGAUUUCAAUAUUUAUUUUUACAUUAAAUGCACUAUGCAUUGUGUCGGCUGAAUGCUGUAACAACACAGAAUAAACAAUUAGGCCUAAUAAAAGUCCCAUGAUGGUAGUGACUGCCCAUUACUGCUUAUCACUUAUUAACUAUCAUUUAUUCACAUUACUGUACUUUAAUAAAAUAUUUCAUUUGUGUACAACACAUUAGGAACACCUUCCUAAUAUUGAGUUGCACCACCUUUUGCCCUCAGAACAGCGUCAAAUCGUCGGGCAUGGACUCUACAAGGUGUCGAAAGCAUUCCACAGGGAUGCUGGCGCAUGUUGACUCCAAUGCUUCCCACAGUUGUGUCAAGUUGGCUGGAUGUCCUUUGGGUGGUGGACAAUUCUUGAUACACACGGGAAACUGUUGAGCGUGAAAAAUCCAGCAGCGUUGCAGUUCUUGAAACACUUUAACCAGUGCGCCUGGCACCUACUACCAUAUCCCAUUCAAAGGCACUUAAAUAUUUUGUCUUGCCCAUUUACUCUCUGAAUGGCACACAUACACAAUCCAAGUCUCAGUUGUCUCAAGGCUUAAAAAUACUUAUUUAACCUGUCUCCUCCCCUUCAUCUACACUGAUUGAAGUGGAUUUAACAGGUGACAUCAAUAAGGAAUCAUAUCAUUCACCUGGUCAGUCUAUUCCAUGGAAAUAGCAGUAGUUCUUAAAGUUUUGUACACUCAGUGUCAUCAUCUCAUUUCUAUAGAGCUGCUCUCUGAUAAAAUCACUAUUUUUGUAGUUCUUUAAAGUAAAUUAGGCAUACCUUUAUGACUGCUGAAUACCAACUAUCAAUCACUUAGAUUAUCUAUUUUCUUGCGAAGCAACGGCUCUCUAUCUCUCUCAAUCGUGCAUUUUUCUGUCUCUUCUCUCUUUCCAUUUUGGUUAAUCGCUCAACAUGAACACACACACACGCUUACACCUGGUAGCACUCCUAGACGCCUUCAGCUACAGAUUGGUCCUGGAGAUGUGUAUACACACACACACACACAGUAGCAUUCAACAUUCUCACAGAUCUGCUGCCAUCUAACCUUGACCCGUGUGUGUGUUUCUCACUACAGGGUUGAUCAGGGUCGUCUCCUGGACUACAUAGUGAGCUGGGGGAAUCUAACUGAGGAGAAAGUGGCCAGCUACCUACGGAACAUCCUAGAAGCUUUACAUUACCUACACAACUGUAGGAUAGCCCAUCUGGACUUAAAGGUACUGUACUGCUGCUGUUUUUCUCUCAAUUCUGUCUCUCCUUUCCAUUUCUCAAUUUCUCUCCUUUAUAUCUCUCCAUUCUUUUUCUCUCUCUCCUUUUUAUUUCUCCAUUCUCACUUCUAUAGCUUCCAUUUAUACUAUCCCGUAUCUUCCCUGUUUUCUCUCAAUUUCUGUCCACCUCUCUCUUUUCUAUCUCCUAUUUAUACUCUAUCUCUCUCCCCCAUAUCGCUCUCCCCCCUCCCUCCUUCUCCUCCCUCUUUCUCUCCUCUCCCCCAGCCUGAGAACCUGUUGGUGUCCCACACCUCGUCCGGCCAGCCCGUGGUCAAACUGACUGACUUCGGGGAUGCCGUCCAGCUCAACAGUGCCCACUACAUCCACCCUCUCCUGGGAAGCCCUGAGUUUGCCUCCCCCGAGCUGGUCCUGGGGGAGCCGGCCGCCCUGACCUCUGACCUCUGGAGCCUGGGGGUUGUGACCUACGUCCUCCUGAGCGGGGCCUCUCCUUUUCUGGAUGAGAGCGUGGAGGAGACGUGUCUGAACAUCUGCCAGCUAGACUUCAGCUUCCCCCACCACUACUUCCAGGGCGUGACCCAGGGGGCCAGGGAGUUUGUCUGCCUGCUGCUGAGGGCCGACCCGGCCAGGAGGCCUCCGGCUGGGCUAUGUCUGCAGGAGCCCUGGGUCCAGGGCCAGGCCAGGUUAGCAGACAUCCAGGGACAGGGUAGGGUGGAGGGGGGGUGUCUGGACACGUCUCGCCUGGUGCUGUUCAUAGACAGGAGGAAGCACCAGACAGACGCCAAGCCCAUCGGAGGGGUACAGAGCUUACUACAUAGCCGGCUACAGCCACGGGCCUGA